AUGAAGAAAGCAAUAACUGCAGAACAGAUAACAGAAUGGUUUACAUUAGGGACCCAAUUUGCUAACAUUAGAAUCACAGAUGAACCUCCAAAAAAAGUAAAGUCGGAGGAGUCAUCAUCAAGACAGAGGUAAAUUGGCUAGCUAGCAAAAUGUAGGAUUUAAUUGCCAGCAACGUUAGCUAGCUUGUACAGUACAUGUUCCCUCGCACGUUGUUCAUUUGUAGCACGCUAACUACCAGACUGGAACUUUAUACUUUUGUGUUAGCUACAUUGCUACUAGCCUGACAGACUGAUACCUCUGCUGUGGUUCAGUCUGAGAUUAAUGCCAUACAUUUGUUUGGAAAAUGUCUUCUCACAAGCUCUACAAGCCAGAAUGUUGAAAAACAUUUUAUUUUAACGUACUUUAUCGGUUGUCCGUGCAGUUUGUCCUUUUACAUGCAGGAAUGUGAGACAAUAUAUCCACAGGAAAGUAUAAUUACAUCAACUUUUCAAAGCGCUGGUAGUGUGUUCAGAUUUCUCUCACCUGCACGAGCUCGGCAAGUAUGCAUGCGUUUGUGUAUUUUCAUAUUGUGUGCAUGCUUCGGGUGAUAGAAAUCUGAACGCACAACCAGCGCUUUGAAAGGUUGACGUAAUUAUACUUUCCUUUGGAUAUAUUGUGUCAUAUUCCUACCUGCAAAAGGACCAACCUCACGGACAACCGGUAAAGUACAAUUUUAUUCAGCAUUCUGGCUUGUAGAGGUCAUGAGGAAACUUCCUGACACAAACGGUAACGAUCAUUUCUCGCCGAUUCAACAUCGGAUCUUCAGGCUUUUCAAUAAGUAUUAGCUAGCCAAAUACAAUUGCAUGAUUUACCAACAUAGUCAAGUAUACUGAACAAAACAUGCAACAAUUUCAAAGAUUUUACUGAGGAAAUCAGUCAAUUGAAAUAAAUGCAUUAGAUCCUAAUCUAUGGAUUUCAUUUAUUUAUUUUUUAAGUCAUUUAGCAGACGCUCUUAUCCAGCGCGACUUAGUUAGUGAGUGCAUAAUUUUUUUUCCAUACUGGUCCCUCGUGGGAAUCGAACCCACAACCCUGGCGUUGCAAGUGCCAUGCUCAACCAACUGAGCUACACGGGACUACAUGACUAGGCAGGGGUGCAGCCAUGGGUGGGCCUGGGGGAGCAUAGGCGCAGCCAGGCCCAACCAAUCAGAAUGAGUUUUUCCCCACAAAAUGGCUUUAUUACAGACAAAUACUCCUCCCACAGGUGAAGAAGCCGGAUAUGGAGGUCCUGGGCUGAGGCCGGUUGGAUGUACUGCCAAAUACUCUAAAAUGACAUUGGAGGCAGCUUAUGGUAGAGAAAUGAACAUUCAAUUCUCUGUCAACAGCUCUGGUGGACAUUCCUGCAGUCACUGUGGCCUAUUGCACGCUCCCUCAACUUGAGACAUCUGUGGCAAUGUGUUGUGUGACACAACUGUAUAUUUUAAAGUGGUGUUUUAUUGUCCCCAGCACAAGGUGCACCUGUGUAAUGAUUAUGCUGUUUAAUCCGUUUCUUGAUAUGCCUCACCUGUCAGGUGGAUGGGAUUAUCGUCACGCCAGGAUAAACCUUCACAAAACACAGCCCUUAUUUUAAGUGUUUCUAAAAUCCCCUAUGGGGAAAAAUGAAUGGUGGAAAAACAAUUGGAAGAUUUCUGUUUGACCGCUAGGUUUUAUGGGAAGUAUGACUCAUGCUGUGGUACUCUAUAGCCAGGUGCCAAAAUAUCUAAGCACGGGUUGACUUGUCAAAUCAGUCAGUGCAAAUGAAGUAGGCUAGCUAGUAGACUAUCCUGUUGUAGUAGCUAGUAUUGAGAUGCACCCCUAGUUCAGGUGUUGAAUGUCUGAAUCUGCCCCCAAGUCCCCUUGUCCAGUGCAAUAUUUUGUUGCAGUUCAUUCAAAUGAAUAAAUCUGUAACAUAUUUUAUCCACAUUUUUUGGGAGAUUACAGCUCUUUCAGGCAUGACCUAACAAGGAUAGAAGGUAAGCAUGGUCGUUAGUUGGGUACUACUUUACCACCCUGCCUCCUCUCACAGCAUGGUGCUGUAGGCCUCUGUGGAGUUGUGUGGCACUGGGUGGUGGUAGUAGUAGGGAAGGUCCCAGUCCCUAUGGGGAGUGAAAGGACUAGAGCCUCUCAUUGUACGGUCCACAUAGCCAGAGAUGGUUGGGAUCUCCUCUCUCGGGGACACACCACAGUCGGGCACAGUGGGUGUGACAAAGCCCUGCUUCAUUUGGAAUCGGUUGGUGCAGGCCUCCAUUGGCCCAAGCAGUGUUGGCUGCGGCAGGUGCUCCUCCUCUUCUUCCCCUUCCUCUUUGUUGAGGAAGUCUCUCAGCACCUGCUUGAAGACGUACACCAGCUCCCAGGGCAGGAUGUUGUUGCUGGCCAGCACUUCACGGAACCUGAGAAUGGGAUAGAUAGAGGGAUAUAGUGGGUUAAUAAACUCUUUAACCCAAACUGCAUUAUCCACAAUUAUGAGGCAAUUUUAGAGAAGCUGUUUUGGCUUUCAUUUACCCAUUAGACCUAGUUGACAAAAUUAUGCUUAAAAUGAUGUAGGUUAUUUCAUCAAAGUAUCAUGCAUUGUGUGAGGUGACAAGGCAGAGGGCAUAUUUAUGAGCUCACUCCAAUCUAGUUGUCAGGAGGACAUUUUGCAAAGAAGAAAAAUCCAUGCAGUGAGAAAGUCCACACCGAAUAAUAUCCCUGGAAUAAUCGGGCGAUCUUGUUACUGUUGUAAUGUGAUUAUGCAAACAGUCACACCAGGAUUGUAUGGCGAGUUCUUCAGGGGACUCGAGUGUUCGUGUCACUUCUGUCAGUGGUAUAACUGGGCGUGAACAAUUUAUUUGACAGUCGUGAAGAUCAAUCAUGUGGAAGUGGUUACGCACAUCUAGUUAAUUUACAUACAUUUUUGCUAGACCCUUGGUGGAUUUAAAGGUUAUUUCAAGUAUUUUUACAAAGGUCAUGAUUCCUCAUUUAGCCCUCCAAAAGACCAAAUCUAUGUUCAUACAAAUGUCACCAUCACUGUAAAACAUUGUUGUGGGAUGUGUUUUUAUUUUAAUAGGGAUACGAUAUUGCUGAUGCAAAGCUCUUUCCCUGGGGGUUGUUUUUGCUGUGCUUAGCCCCAUAGGGUCCACUUCACCUUUGCAUGUUUCCACCCCAUGUAACCUACUUCUGUGACAAUAAAACAAAGUGGCUUCCCUGGCAGAUUGCUCUGCCUCGCUCUCCUUGAGACUCGUCUCCUUCGCCUAUUGUCACCCUGGUGUGGUGACAUUGGCUAUUUUGGACACAGCGUGCUAAUAUGAAAAGGGUACUACUGUAUGAAGACAGUGGUGUACAAUGUACCUGGAGAGCACCGUGGCUGUGUGCAUGGGCUGGAUCUGGGCACACAAAUGCUCCAACUGGUGACGCUCUGAUGCGGGGAUCAGCGUGCGUAACCUGGGAUAGCUCUGGAGCCAGUGGGGGUAUCCCACGGUGUUGUGGGCCAGCCUGUGUUCCCGCUCCAUCUCCCGUGCCAGGCGCUCCCUCUCCUCCACGUGCCACAGCAGCUCCCUGAUCAGUGUGCUGCUGGGUAAUACCCCUGUGGACUUAGCAGACGUCCCCUCAUCUUGAGCCUGUUCUCCUUCAGCACGCAACCAUUUCAUCCAGCUGAACAGUGGCAUGGCGGAGGAAUACUGUGGUUACUGCAGUGAGAAAAUAAAAAUUAUUGUACAUCCUGAAUCAAAAUUGACACUGCUUCCCUGUUCUCCUGAAUUCUGUUUUAACAGAACUGUUGAAGGAAUUGCAAUUUUAUUGAUUGAUCUGCACUCGUUGAAGACUUGACAUACUCCCGAGUGGCGCAGUGGUCAAAGGCACUGCAUCGCAGUGCUAGCUGUGCCACUAGAGAUCCUGGUUCGAGUCCAGGCUCUGUCGCAGCCGGCCGCGACCGGGAGACCAAUGGGCAGGCGCACAAUUGGUCCAGCGUCGUCCAAGGUAGGGGAGGGUUUGGCCGGCAGGGAUGUGGGUUCAGUAUGAAAAAAAAUUAUAAUAAAUGUAUGCAUUCACUAACUGUAAGUCGCUCUGGAUAAGAGCAUCUGCUAAAUGACUAAAAUGUAAAUGUGGAAAUUGAGAAAUGGAUCACCUCCAUACAAGCUGACCUCUGGACCUCUGUCAUCAUCAGUGUUCUGUUAGCAUUCAGUGGCAUUCUCACUCGGGUGAGGAGGAUGCCCAGGUGUGGGCAUGUACCUCACACCUUAUCUACACACAGAUUAGGCAGCCUGGGAUAACAGGUCAUGCUCUGUGAACAGAGCAUGUAGUGCUGUACACCUGUCAGUAAUGUCUCAAAGCACAAGAAAAAUAAUGUUGUUUUAUUAAACCUGAAUGUCCUAGCAAAUUUCUUCAAAUAAUGGACUUGUGAUUCUUGAUUUGUGGCUAUUGUCUAGAUGAAUGCCAUUUUAUUGUUUGAACUUUCUGACCAUAAUUUGCAAAUAGCCUAUGUAGUGAGAAAUGUAAAAAAAACAACACAUUGCAUGGUUGCUGGUACUUACUGUUGAAUGCUGCAGUGAUGAGAGUUGAGGGAGAGAGCCAGACAUAGACAGAGUGAUAUAGAGAGAUCAACACAGGCACCUUAGAGUAGCAUCUCCAGGACUCUGUCUCCAUGGGUCUGUCAGUGAACUCUCCAUUCUCUGGAUCUUACUGGACUGUAGUCCUGAUCGAGAGUGGAUCAUCCACUGUCUGCACUCCUCUGCUGUCCGUCUGUAAGAAAUUGUCCUCUCUCUCCUCUCUGUACUGCGUAAUUGUCCUCUUCACUCAUCCCUGCUCUCCUGUCCCGUGGACUGUGUCCAGUGGAGUUACUCAGUGUUCUCCUCUGACUCAAUGCUGUCUCCUCUCCUUUCACCUCACUCUCCUUUGUGCUGCUUUGUUGUAAGGUCAGCUGCUUUGUUAGAUGCUGACGUGAGUGUGUGCAUGUGUAAGCCAACCCGUGUGCAUUUAGAUGUGUGAGCUGCUCCCAGCUGUGACAGUGUGUCUGCCUGCUGUGUAGAUAAAGUCCUCCUCUCGCCCAGAGAGAAGCUGAGAUGACUGGGACUGCUCUCCCUGCCACACUGCUCCAGGCCUGACUAGCCCAGCCACAGAAUGAGAGGAGUGGGGGAGAUGACAGGGAGGGCGAGUAAGAGAGAGGAAUGUUAGAAACUGAGAGCAAAUAGGGAAAUUGGGAUUUUAGUGGAGGGGAGGAGGGAAUUCAGAAAGAAAGUAGGAGGAGAGCUAUUUGACUUGACAAAGACACACUAGCAUUACUCAACAUUAUUUACUCAAAGCGAAAAAGCCACAUUAUCACCACUCACUACUAGUGUGUUUGCUGAGCCAAAUCAUGCCUGUUUUGGCCAAGCCAUUGUCAGACUGGAUCCUUCACAUGUCUGUUGUCUUGGAGAUGGCUUUGGUUUGUGUAUUUGAAAUUAGACGAAUGUGAAGAGGAUGCGGCUGCCUAAUAUUAGUCCAAUGGGGGGCAUUUUGUUUCACCUAGCUUUGAUACACUCCUACUCUCUUAGAAAAAUAGGUGCUAUCUAGAACCUUAAAGGGUCCUUCAGCUGUCCUCCAUAAGAGAACCCUUUGAAGAACCCUUUUUGGUUCCAAGUAGAAAGAGCCCUUUUGGGUUCCAUGUAGAGCCCUUUCCACAGAGGGCUCUACAUGGAACCCAAAAGGGUUCUACCUGGAACCAAAAAGGGUUAUACCUAGAACUAAAGAGGGUUAUCCUAUGGGGACAGCCGAGGACCCUUUUUUUCUAAGAGUGUACAUGGACUUACAGAAAUGCACUGUCUCCUUGAUGCUUAAAUGCUGAUAAGUUUGGUUUUCUAAAAGGAUGGGGUGGCUGGACAUAAACACCAUACAGCAAUUUUCUCUUCUUGUUUGGCAUGACCAAAAGAGUCAUGGAACUGACAUUAGUUGACUGCAGUGUGCACUGAAAUGUCAGACUGACUUUUGAUUUAUCUGACAUCUGUGUUUCUCUCUAGCCCUGCAAAAGCUCCCCAACAGCAGGGCAGCCCAAAGAGUGAAAGCGUGGGACUGAGGAACAAGACAGGAAAGCCUGACUUUUCGGCGAGUGAGUAACACGUUGAUAUAACUUUCUAAAUAAUUUGGCUUUCAAUUGGAUGCCUUUUUUCCCAACAAUUUAAGAAAGUCAUUGAGCAAACCUUUUUGUGUUCAUCUCUCCAACUCUAGGUGCACCUCCACCCCCGUUGGCCAGUUAUGACUACCCCAGCUUGCCCAUCACAAAGAAUAGACAGGAGGUAAAAUGCUUUAGUAGCCACACACGCUUUAGGUACUCCUGCCAUUUCAGGAUAUUUUCAGGUCAUGGACUUUAACAGAGAUGGUCAUUGGCAACAGUUCCUCGGGUCAUAACUCCACUCAAGGUUUUACUGUGCUUCAGAUGAGCACUGAUUCUAUCUGAUGGAGCCAUAGGCGCAACAAGAGGGGAGACUCUUAACUUACUGUGAAUGUCAUCACAUGCGGUCAAGUAACAGUCUGAUGGAAUAGGGCCGUUAGUUGGCCAUUAUUGAAGAGAUCUGUGUUUCAGACUUACAUUUUCUAAUCAGAUUCACAUUUAUUGUCCAAAAAGAGCAAAAUCAGGAUGUUUUGAAUGUUAUUGUGACUGUGAAUAUAAGCAACAGAUUAUAAUACUUUAUUAUAUACUGUAAUUUAGAUUGUUGAAUCAUAUUUUGAUAUUCAGCUUUUAAAUGGCUACAAUUUAAAUCAUGUUCUCUCCUCUGUUGUGUUUGAUAUGUAGUUAUGUGUUUGUGUAUUUCCAGCUCAUCUCUCUGAUCGAGAACAACUCCGUGGUGAUCAUCCGUGGAGCCACAGGCAGUGGGAAAACUACCCAGCUGCCCCAGUUCAUCCUGGACUACUACAGCGAGAAGAAUGCCCCCUGUAACCUCGUAGUCACACAGCCUCGCAAAAUAGGCGCCAGCAGCAUUGCCCGGUGGGUCGCCAGAGAGCGCAAGUGCACCCUGGGUAGUCUGGUGGGAUACCAGGUUAGUGAAAAAUUCACACCACACUCACUCACACAUACCUUGUUAAUGAUACCAUUUUGAUAUCUAUACCCCCCAAAACACAUUACCAUGCGUAAUGUGUUACCAAGUCUGAUUUGCAAACACAUCCCUUGGUGGAAAGAAGAGGGAGAAAAAUGAUUCAGUGUUCAGGUUGCAUAACAAGGAGCAGUGGACUGAGUCUAGCACCUCUAGCGAUACUAUUAUCCCUCGAUGAAGCUCUGUACAAAAAGCCCACUUGACGUUUCUCUCACAGAGAGAGGAGUGGAAGGAGUGGGGUGGACAGGCUUCCAUGCUGGACUGUUUCCAGGCUGUCUGGUUGCAUUGUGUCCAGCUCUGAAACAGGAGACACAGUCUAAUUAUAACUCCCUGCUCCUCACCACUGUCUGCUCUGCUGUGGACUGCAGCAGGGGUGAUGAUGUCACUGCUAGCAAGACAGUGAGUGAGGAGUGAUACAGUGAUGGGCUGACCUGAUGAACACCUAAGGGCUUGAAAUCUUGUCAGAAUAAAUAUAGAUGGGAGUACACAGUAUAGUGCAGAGUGUGAGCUAAUGAAAGAUGGAGUGAAGCAGAGCUGUAGGAGACAGUGUGUACUGUACACUAGAAGAUAAUGGUAACCAAGGACCCAUACUCUGCACCUUUUGGGAGCUAUAAAGUGUAAUUUAUACCAUUCAUUUACUACCAUAUAAUGAUUAUUAUUCAAUUGAUAGGUUCCUACCACUGUAAUGGUUCCAGUGGAGAGCUGGAGAGACUGAUGGAUUCCAGGCCUUGAUGAUGUAUGGAGAGUAGUAACAUGAGGGAGGGCUGCUUUUAUCCAGUUCUCUUAGCUUUGGCUCUGUCUGUCCUAGGGGGAUUGUAGUGGAUAUUUACUGUGCCUUCUCUCUCGAUCUUUAGUUUCUCUUGAGAGUUUUGUGAAAGUCAAGCCGUAAGGGAAUUUGUACUUAGAGUUGAGUAGCAGAACAUGAGGUUAUCUUCCCUUUGGGGGGGAACGUGGUUGUUAGGACAGGUCAUUUGUCUGAUAGAGUCAUGUUGUGUGGUGAGUUAGCGCCCUGGGUAAUGAUUGUUUGACGUCACAUAGAUGGAAGCUACAGUAGAUGUAGCAUCCUCACAUCUGCCUUUAGGCUUCACCUUUCCUCUUGACCCACAUGGAUGUGUAUUUGUGUGUGUUUGUGUGUGAAUGUACACUUGCCACUUAGCCAUUAUGUUUGUUUCAGGUUGGCCUAGAGAAGAUGGCCACUGAACACACCAGACUCAUCUACAUGACCACUGGGGUGCUGCUGCAGAAACUGGUCGGAGCCAAGAGCUUGACUGAGUACUCCCACAUCUUCAUAGAUGAGGUAACCGAGACUCCCUUUCCUGUUGAGACAGACUGGUCGUCAUUUCAAAAUAGUCUACAGAUAUGACUUGACUGGUAAUAAUGUUGUCCUAUCUGGUGUACAGUGCAUCUCUUAGUACCCAGUAACAUCAAACUAGCUGAACGUGAGUAGUAUCUUGUUGCCAUGGCAGAGGAUGUGCCAGUCAGUAAGCAGGGUGGUUCUGUGUAUUUCAGGUCCAUGAGCGGACGGAGGAGUUGGACUUCCUCCUGUUGGUUGUGAGGAAGCUCCUCCAUUCCAACUCUCGUUACAUCAAGGUGAGCCCACACUUCUCAUCUCAGCACUCACCAACAUGUGAUCUAAAACCGUAUUGACUGAACAGACACACACCGCCUCCCUUCUCCCUUUAUGCAGGUCAUCCUCAUGUCAGCCACCAUCAACUGCAGGGAGUUUGCUGAGUACUUUGGCACCCCUAUCCGCAGCCAGAUGAACCCAGCCUAUGUGUUUGAGGUAAAGGGGGCUCCCUAUGCCAUCGAGGAGUUCUACCUGGAUGACCUCUGCAGCCUUAUUCCUUACAGGGUGAGCUGGGGAGCACCAAGCCUUGUCUGUGGAUGUAGCUGGUACUCACAGUCUAGACUGACCUAGCACUGUCUGUGUAUUAUCUAUCAGGUGGAUACCCGCCAUCCAGACGAACCUUACAUCACCGUGGAGAUGUACAACGUGGCUGUCAGCCUUAUCCAGAGCUUUGACGAGCUGGAGGCCAAAGAUCAGAGGUUAGGGGUCAAGUAGCUGUACUCUACAUCUUAGUUUGCUUGAUAAAUUAACAAUUUGUUCACAAUUUGUUAAUUACAAUUGAUUUAGAUGGCCUAUAGUUCUCCAAUAAUUGUCCUGGUGUGUGUAUCUCAACAGCAGGACGGAGAGGGAGGGAGGCCUGUCUCUGCCAGACAGGGGCAGUGUGCUGGUGUUCCUCCCUGGUCUGGGUGAGAUCCACUACAUGCAAGAGGCCUUGUCUAAGCUGGUGCGCAAGAGGUGGGUGCUGUGUGUGUGUGUGUGUGUGUGUGUGUGUGUGUGUGUGUGUGUGUGUGUGUGUGUGUACAUCUGACGUUCAUUGGUCACGUCUCUGGGGCAUGACUAUGGUAGGUUGUGUGUGUCCGGUACUUAGCAGAAACUUGAUGGUGCUGUUAUGGUGUAUGUUUCAGAUUGCAGGUGUACCCUCUCCACUCCUCUGUCACUCUGGAGGAGCAGAACGGGGUGUUUCUGGUGCCUGUCCCAGGGUACAGGAAGGUAACUCUCACACCACACCCCACUCUACUGAAUAGGACUUCUAGAACGUAACUCAGUUUUUUUGAUGUUUCUGUCUCCACAGAUCAUCCUCUCCACCAACAUUGCAGAGAGCUCUGUUACAGUCCCAGAUGUCAAAUAUGGUGGGUGUUUUCUUUUUCAUAAUAUUUACAGACAUUCCUUGCUAUAUGUACUGCCAUACUGUAUUCACUCCGUAUGUCUGAAUUUGAUGUAUAUGUUGACAGUGAUUGAUUUCUGUCUGGCGCGUCACAUGGUCUGUGACAAAGAGACCAGUUACCAGUCCCUCCGCCUCACCUGGGCCUCCAAGACCAACUGCAACCAGCGCAGAGGUACAGUACUAUGCAGUUCCACCUCACAGGCUGCCCAUACUGCCUAUCAGGGAGACAAUUCCAUUUCAAGAGAUCAAUUGAUAUUCCAAUUCAAGAACAGAAUUGCCAAAGAGGAUUUGUGAUUCCUCUCUCCCUUUCAGGCAGGGCUGGGCGAGUGUCUAAGGGCUACUGUUACCGGCUGGUGACCAAGGAGUUCUGGAGGAAUGAGAUCCCAGACUAUGUGGUUCCUGAGAUGGUGGUAAGAGAGUCAUACAUUAGGUCAGCCCUGAUGGCAAAGAACCAAGCUCAUAACUAUGAUUGAUAGUAUGAUGUUUAACAACUGUGAAGUUGAUGGAUUCAUUUGUUGAUUGAUUGAUGCACUGGAUGUGAUUACUGAAAGACUAGGCAGGCUACUCUACUAGACCUAUAAAGCUGCUAGUUUAUUCUGACAGUAACUAGGAUGUCUUUGUACUGUUCCCAGCAUGCCCCCCUGGCCAACAUCAUGUUGAAGGUGAAGCUACUGGACAUGGGGGACCCCCGCUCCCUCCUCUCCACUGCCCUCUCACCCCCCAACCUCAAUGACAUCGAGAGGACUGUGCUCCAGCUCAAAGAGGUACCUCACUGUGGACCUGCUGCCAUCCUUAUCACAAACAGCCAUUGAUGUCAUUGGAUUCCUGUAUUUAUGGAGAGAUUUCAAAAUGUGAUUCUUACAGUGAACAAAAAUAUAAAUCCAAGUUACAGUUCAUAUAAGGAAAGCAGUCAAUAUAAAUUAAUUCCUUAGGCCCUAAUCUUUGGAUUUCACAUGACUGGGAAUAGAGAUAUGCAUCUGUUGGUCACAGAUACCUUUAAAAAAAGGUAGGGGAGUGGAUCAGACCAGUCAGUGUCUGGUGUGACUACCAUUUGCCUCAUGCAGCGCGACACAUCUCCUUCGCGUAGAGUUAAUCAGGCUGUUGAUUGUGGCCUGUGGAAUGUUGUCUUCAAUGGCUGUGCGAAGUUGCUGGAUAUUGGCAGGAACUGGAACACUGUGUCGUACACGUCAAUCCAGAGCAUCCCAAAAAUGCUCAAUGGGUGACAUGUCUGGUGAGUAUGCAGGCCAUGGAAGAACUGGAACAUUUUCAGCUUCCAGGAAUUGUGCACAGAUCCUUGUGACAUGGGGCUGUGCAUUAUCAUGCUGAAACACGAGGUGAUGGCGGCAGUAAACCGCUUUCCCACACAACGCCAUACACGCCAUCUGCCUAGUACAGUUGAAACCGGGAUUCAUCCGUGAAGAGCACACUGCUCCAGCGUGCCAGUGGCCAUCAAAGGUGAGCAUUUGCCCACUGAGGUCAGUUACGAUGCCGAACUGCAGUCAGAUCAAGACCCUGGUGAGGACAACGAGCACGCAGAUGAGCUCCCUGAGACGGUUUCUUACAGUUUGUGCAGAGAUUCUUCGGUUGUGCAAACCCACAGUUUUAUCAGCUGUCCGGGUGGCUGGUCUCAGACGAUCCUACAGAUGGAGAAGCCGGAUGUUGAGGUCCUGGGCUGGCGUGAUUACACGUGGUCUGCGUUUGUGAGGCUGGUUGGACGUACUUCCAAAUUCUCUAAAACGAUGCUUAGGGUAGAGAAAUGAACAUUCCUGCAAUGGUGGACAUUCCUGCAGUCAGCAUGCCAAUUGCACGCUCCCUCAACUUGAGACAUCUGUGGCAUUGUGUUGUAACGUCUGCACAUUUUAGUGGCCUUUUGUCCCCAGCACAAGGUGCACCUGUGUAAUGAUCAUGCGGUUUGAUCAGCUUCUUGAUAUGCCACACCUGUCAGGUGGAUGGAUUAUCUUGGCAAAGGAGAAAUGCUCACAAACAGGGAUGUAAACAAAUUUGUGCAAAAAACAUGAGAACAUGUGACAAACACUUUACAUGUUGAGUUAUAUUUUUGUUCAGUAUAGAUACAGCGGUGCUGAACGACCAAUUCUGUUACUGAGUGUUUGUGAAGUUGCAAUGAUUUCCUAACGUUGGUUCUGCUGUGUCAGGACCUCUGCGUCAACUAGCAUUAGCUCUGUCAGUGGUGUUUGUGAGUGUGGUUGUCAGGUGUGAUGGGGGGAGGUGUGUGCGUGUGCUGUGGAUGGGCUCUUCAAAUAAAAUUAUGUUUGUCACAUGCUUCCUAAACAACAGGUGUAGACUAACAGUGAAAUGCUUACUUACGGGCCCUUCCCAACAAUGCAGAGAAAAAAAUUGAAAUAAUAAAACAAUUAUAACACAAGAAAUACACAAUGAGUAACGAUAACUUGGCUAUAUACACGGUGUACCAGUACCGAAUUGAUGUGCAGGGGUACGAGGUAAUUGAGGUAGAUAUGUACAUAUAGGUAGGGAUAAAGUGACUAGGCAACAGGAUCGAUAAUAAAUGGUAGCAGCAGCGUAUGUGAUGAGUCAAGAGUUGGAAAGGCACACACCUGUCUAUAUAAGGUCCCACAGUUGACCGUGCAUGUUAGAGCAAAAACCAAGUUUGGAACCACCAAGACUCUUCCUAGCGCUGGCCACCCAGCCAAACUGAGCAAUCGGGGGAGAAGGGCCUUGGUCAGCGAGGUGACCAAGAACCUGAUGGUCACUCUGACAGAGCUCUGGAGUUCCUCUGUGGAGAUGGGAGAACCUUCCAGAAGGACAACAAUCUCUGCAGCACUCCACCAAUCAGGCCUUUUUGGUAGUGGCCAGAAGGAAGCCAUUCCUCAGUAAAAGGCACAUGACAGCCCGCUUGGCACCUAAAGACUCUCAGACCAUGAGUAAUUAUGGCGCCGGAGAAGAUGGCUGCUGUUUUACAGCCCUCUAACCAAUUGUACUAUUAUGUGUGUUUUUUCGCGUUAUUUGUAAUUUAUUCUGUACAUAAUGUUUCUGCCACCGUCUCUUAUGACCAAAAAUAGCUUCUGGAUAUCAGGACAGAGAUUACUCACCUCAUAUUGGAUGAAGAUUGUUUCUUCAACGAGUCGGACGCGAAGGAUAUCCUACAGACACCCGACAAGGCCGAAAUCCCCGUCAUUCGCAUGAGAAAGAGACUGAGAUAUCGUGGACGUAGGUUGGGGUGCCUUGUAAGGAUCUGACGGCGAGUGAGUAAACUGCCUCUUCCAUCAAUUCUAUUAGCCAAUGUUCAAUCAUUUUAAAACAAAUUGGACAACCUACGAUUAAGGUUAUCCUACCAACGGGACAUUAAAAAGUGUAAAAUCUUAUGUUUCACCGAGUCGUGGCUGAACGACGACAUUGAUAAAAUACAGCUGGCGGGAUAUACGCUACAUCGCCAGGAUAGAAUGGCUGACUCCGGUAAGACAAGGGGUGGCGGUCUGUGUAUAUUUGUAAACAACAGCUGGUGCAUAAAAUCUAACACAAAGGAAGUCUCAAGGUUUUGCUCGCCGGAGGUAGAGUAUCUCAUGAUAAGCUGUAGACCACACUAUUUACCAAGAUAGUUUUAAUCUAUAUUCUUCGUAGCUGUCUAUCUACCACCACAAACUGAUGCUGGAACUAAGAUUGCACUCAAUGAGCUGUAUAAGGCCAAAAGUAAACAGGAAAACGCUCAUCCAGAGGCAGCGCUCCUAGUGGCUGGGGACUUUAAUGCAGGGGAACUUAAAUCCGUUCUACCUCAUUUCUACCAGCAUGUUAAAUGUGCAACCAGAGGAAAAAGAACUCUAGACCACCUUUACUCCACACACAGAGACGCAUACAAAGCUCUCCCUUGCCCUCCAUUUGGCAAAUCUGACCAUAACUCUAUCCUCCUGACUCCUGCUUAUAAGCAAAAACUAAAGCAGGAAACACCAGUGACUCGGUUAAUAAUAAAGUGGUCAGAUGACGCAGAUGCUAAGCUACAGGACAGUUUUGCUAGCACAGACUGGAAUAUGUUCCGGGAUUCUUCAGAUAGCAUUGAGAAGUACACCACAUCAGUCACUGGCUUCAUCAAUAAGUGCAUCGAUGACGUCGUCCCCACAGUGACCGUACAUACCCCAACCAGAAGCCAUGGAUUACAGGCAACAUCUGCACUGAGCUAAAGGGUAGAGCUGCCGCUUUCAAGAAGCGGGACUCUAACCUGGACGCUUAUAAGAAAUCCCGCUAUGCCCUCCGACGAACCAUCAAACAGGCAAAGAGUCAAUACAGGACUAAGAUUGAAUCGUACUACACCGGCUUUGACGCUCGUCGAAUGUGGCAGGGCUUGAAAACUAUUACAGACUACAAAGGGAAGCACAGCCGCGAGCUGCCCAGUGACACAAGCCUACCAGAUGAGCUAAAUAACUUCUAUGCUCGCUUCGAGGCAAGCAACACUGAGGCAUGCAUGAGAGCAUAAACUCUUCUGGAUGACUAUGUGAUCACGCUCUCCGUAGCCAAUGUGAGUAAGACUUUUAAGCAGGUCAACAUUCACAAGGCCGCAGGGCCAGACGGAUUACCAGGACGUGUACUCUGAGUAUGUGCUGACCAACUGGCAAAUGUCUUCACUGACAUUUUCAACAUGUCCCUGACUGAGUCUGUAAUACCAACAUGUUUCAAGCAGACCACCAUAGUCCCCGUGCCCAAGGACUCUAAGAUAACCUGCCUAAAUGACUACCGACCCGUAGCACUCACAUCUGUAGCCAUGAAGUGCUUUGAAAAACUGGUCAUGGCUCACAUCAACACCAUUAUCCCAGAAACCCUAGACCCACUCCAAUUUGCAUACCGCCCCAACAGAUCUACAGAUGAUGCAAUCUCUAUUGCACUCCACACUGCCCUUUCCCACCUGGACAAGAGGAACACCUACGUGAGAAUGCUAUUCAUUGACUACAGAUCAGUGUUCAACACCAUAGUGCCCUCAAAGAUCAUCACUAAGCUAAGGAUCCUGGGACUAAACACCUCCCUCUGCAACUGGAUCCUGGACUUCCUGACGGUCCACCCCCAGGUGGUAAGGGUAGGUAACAACACAUCUGCCAUGCUGAUCCUCAACACGGGGGCCCCUCAGGGGUGCGUGCUCAGUCCCCUCCUGUACUCCCUGUUCACCCAUGACUGCAUGGCCAGGCAUGACUCCAACACCAUCAUUAAGUUUGCAGACGAUACAACAGUGGUAGGCCUGAUCACUGACAACGAUGAGACAGCCUAUAGGGAGGAGGUCUGAGACCUGGCUGUGUGGUGCCAGGGUAACAACCUCUCCCUCAACGUGAUCAAGACAAAUGAGAUGAUUGUGGACUACAGGAAAAAAAGAGGACUGAGCACGCCCCCAUUCUCAUCGACGGGGCUGUAGUGGAACAGGUUGAGAGCUUCAAGAUCCUUAGUGUCCACAUCACCAACAAACUAUCAUGGUCCAAACACACCAAGACCGUCAUGAAGAGGGCACGACAAAGCCUAUUCCCCCUCAGGAGACUGAAAAGAUUUGGCAUAGGUCCUCAGAUCCUCAAGAAGUUCUACAGCUGUACCAUCAAGGGCAUCCUGACUGGUUGCAUCACCGCCUGGUAUGGCAACUGCUCGGCCUCUGACCGCAAGGCACUACAGAGGGUAGUGCGUACGGCCCAGUACAUCACUUGGGCCAAGCUUCCUGCCAUCCAGGACCUCUAUACCAGGCGGUGUCAGAGGAAGGCCCUAAAAAUUGUCAAAGACUCCAGCCACCCUAGUCAUAGACUGUUCUCUCUGAUACUGCAUGGCAAGCGGUACCGGAGCGCCAAGUCUAGGUCCAAAAGGCUUCUCAACAGCUUCUACCCCCAAGCCAUAAGACUCCUGAACAGCUAAUCAUGGCUACCCAGACUAUUUGCACUGCCCCCCCACCCCACCCCACCCCCCUCUUUUACGCUGCUGCUACUUUGUUUAUUAUUUAUGCAUAGUCACUUUAACUCUACCCACAUGUACAUAUCACCUCAAUUACCUCGACUAGCCGGUGCCCCUGCACAUUGACUCUGUACCGGUACCCCCCUGUAUAUAGCCUCCCUACUGUUAUUUUACUUUACUGCUGCUCUUUAGUUAUUUGCUUUUCUUUUUAAAACUUUUUCUUUAAAAAAACUGCAUUGUUGGUUAAGGGCUUGUAAGUAAGCAUUUCACUGUAAUGUCUACUAUACCUGUUGUAUUCGGCACAUGUGGAAAAUAAAAUUUGAUUUGAUUCAUCUGGUCUGAUGAAAACAAGAUUGAACUCUUUGGCCUGAAUGCCAAGCGUCACGUCUGGAGGAAACCUGGCACCAUCCCUAAGGUGAAGCAUGGUGGUGGCAGCAUCAUGCUGUUGGGAUUUCUUUCAGCGGCAUGGGCUGGGAAACUGCUCAGGAUCGUGGCAAAGAUGAACGGUUUAAAGUACAGAGAUCCUUGAUGAAAACCUGCUCCAGAGCGCUCAGGACCUCAGACUGGGGUGAACGUUCAUCUUCCAAUAGGACAACGACCCUAAGCACACAGCCAAGACAACGCAUGGAGUGGCUUCAGGACAAGUCUCUGAAUGUUCUUGAGUGGCCCAGCCAGAGCCCAGACUUGAACCCGAUCAAACAUCUCUGGAGAGACCUGAAAAUAUCUGUGCAGCAACGCUCCACAUCCAACCUGACAGCGCUUGAGAGGAUCUGCAGAGAGGAAUGAGAGAAACACCCCAAAUACAGGUGUGCCAAGCUUGUAGCGUCAUACCCAAGAAGACUCAAGGCUGUAAUCGCUGCCAAAGGUGCUUCAACAAAGUACUGAGUAAAUGUCAAACCUGUUUUUGCUGUGUCAUAGGGUAUUGUGUAGAUUGAUGAAUAAGGCUGUCACGUAACAUAAUGUGGAAAAAGUCAAGGGGUCUGAAUCCUUUCUGAAUGCACUGAAUAAAAAUAGAAACACAACAUGUAAAGUGUUGGUUUCAUGAGCUGAAAUAAAAGAUCCCAGAAAUGUUCCAUAUGCACAAAAUGCUUAUUUCUCUCAAAUUUUGUGCACAAAUUUGCUUGCAUCCCUGUUAGUGAUAAUUUCUUCUUUGCCAAGAUAAUUUUACAUUUACAUUUAAGUCAUUUAGCAGACACUCUUAUCCAGAGCGACUUACAAAUUGGUGCAUUCAACUUAAUCCAUCCACCUGACAAGUGUGCCAUAUAGAGAAGAUGAUUAAACACUAUGAUCAUUACAUGUGCAGUUUUGUCACACAAAACAACGCCACAUAUGUCUCAAGUUUUGAGGGAGCGUGCAAUUGGCAUGUUGACUGCAGGUAUGUCCACCAGCGCUGUUGCCAGAGAAUUGAAUGUUCAUUUCUCUAACAUAAGCCACCUCCAACGUCGUUUUAGAGAUUUUGGCAGUGCGUCCAACCGGCCUCACAACCGCAGACCACAUAUAACCACGCCAGCCCAGGACCUCCACAUCCGGCAUCUUCACCUGCGGGAUCGUCUGAGACCAGCCACUCGGACAGCUGAUGAAACUGAUUAGUAUUUCUGUCUGUAAUAAAGCCCUUUUGUGGGGAAAAACUCAUUCUGAUUGGCGGGCCUGGCUCCCCAGUGGAUGGGCCUGGCUCUCAAGGGUGUGGGUCUAUGCCCUCCCAGGCCCACCCAUGGCUGCGCCGCUGCCCAGUCAUAAUAUUGAUUUUCUCAUUUGACUGAUUUACUUAUGUAAACUGUAACUCAGUAAAAUUGUUAAUUGUUGCAUGCUGCAUUUUAUAUUUUUGUCCAGUAUAUUUACCAGUCUUUAUGGCUUGGGGGUAGAAGCUGUUCCAGACAUGGUGCAUCGGUACCGCUUGCCGUGCGUUAGCAGAGAGGACAGUCAGGUCUCUUUUGGCUGGAAGGAUUGAUGGAUAGAGACAUUUUGACUGUGAAUCAGUGUGUGUAUGUGUGACACUAAGCAUUUUUCCAGUCAGUUAUCAUUGAAGGAAUGAGAAUCGUCAUGACGUGUGUGUGUUUGUGGUGUAGAUGGGUGCACUGUCUGUGGGGAACGAUGGGCACGGACAGAAACGUUUUGAUGGAGAGCUGACGUUCCUGGGUCGGAUGCUGGCUCACCUGCCUGUGGACCUGCACCUGGGGAAGAUGAUCGUACUUGGCCACGUCUUUGGCUGUCUGGAGGAGUGCCUCAUCAUAGGUUAGUGGGGUUUGGGUUUCUGCUUUGUGUGUGUUCGGUCAACGACUCCUCUCCAUGUGUGUGUGUGUCUCUCUCUCUUAGCCGCCUCCCUGUCUCUGAAGAGCUUCUUUUCCAUGCCCUCCCUACAGCAGCUGGCAGGAUACAGGUGAGUCAGCACAUUAAAAUGUAUACAUUUUCUCUCAUUCAGCAAAAAAUAUAUAAUUGCACUUCUACACUACCUACCUAGACACUGCCAUUUGAGCUAUUGUCUGCUGUAACUAGGGCUGUGACUGUCUUGGAAUUUGAGGUUAUGGUAAUUAGCCAGGCCAAUGUACACAGUCACCAACAUAACCGUUGGGGGGGGGGUCAAAAAAGGGUAGGUCACAAUUCUGUUUGCAGACUUGUUUACAUGGAUAUGCUUCUUAAUAAAACCUAUUUGAAACAUGCCAUUACACUUCGUUAUUACCAUGGCAUUUCAUUAUUAUUCAGGUUAUUACUUAUAAACAUCAAUCAACAAAUUAAGAAAUGCCAGGUUGGAGAGGAUCUGUAGCAUUUUCGUAUUGACACAGCAUUAACGGAGUCAAAAUAAAGAUAUGCCUACAAUUUCCUUGUCUGUUGGCCUUUUCUGCAUAUAAUUUUUUUUAUACAGAUCGUAUUUCAACGCACAAAACCAUUCAAACGAAGCCCUCUUUUCCCGAACUAUUCGCAUAACAUCACAAACCCUGCUGCUGCAGUCAUUCGAUGGCAUUGGCAUUUGUUCUUCAAAGAGAGGAUGCCGUAUUGAGAGAAAUAAUGUAGCCUAAGCUACUGAAAAUAGGCAUUUUACAAGAAAUGGAGUCCAAACAGGCUACUUUAGGAAACUUUGUGAAUGGACAUAUAGGACUAUAGAGAGAAUCAGCGAACCCGCACACCCCUGUAAAGUCACCUGUCAAUCAAAGCCACCAGCUUAUGUCAGAGACUAGCAAAUAUUUCUCCUUUCCUUAAAACGUAUUAAAAAACCUAGGCCUGACUACCUUUCCAAAAGUAGGCUAUAAGAUAAGGAAUUUACAAUGAAAGUAUGAAGGGGACAGCUAUACUGUAGUAUGAAUAUGAAAUUAACAAUUUUUAAAAUAGAAACAAAUACACACAGCAUGUCCAUAGCCUAUUUAUCAGCGACGCUGAUUAUCGAGGUGGAGAGAGUUUAAAAUAUUUUUCAAAUACUUUGAGGAACUAUUAUAAUUUGCAUUAAAAAAAAGAAAAUACUUUGACUGAGGAGCUCAGCUGGGCACUUUCCUACAUUUGACAUUUGCGAGAAGCAGGCCAGGUACUUCUCAGGCGUGCACCGUCAACAUUAACAGGACAGAGAAACCAGACACAUGCUCACAUGGAGCGUGUAAAUGAUGGGAAGAAAUAAACCACAGGUGUGGCAGGUUGUGAUCUCUGGAAACAGCGUUUCCACUCCGAGAAUGACAACGGUAAAUUACUGUAAGUAAUACAUGCAUUAACAUAAAUUAAUUUAACCAAAUGACAGUGGUUAACGGUAAAUUGCCUGUUUUACAAAUGGUAGGCUACCACAUGAAUUGCGGGCAGACGCUGUAUAGCCUAGGCUACUAUUUGCGGGGAUAGGAGGGCGUAUUUGUUUUUGGGUCUCUCCUAGGGCGCCAUAUCGGCCAGGACCGGGCCUGAUCAGCGUUGAUUAGUCUAUAAAUUAAGAAAAGAUUCCAUCUCAAAUUAUACCAUGCCAGGUUGGAGAGGAUUGGCACAUUGUCCAUUUGACACAACAUUAGGGCAUUAGGCUAUUGGCCUCAGAGCCAGAACAACCUUUUAUUAAUGAAUAGUCAGACACAUCCAACCUUUUUUAAAAUACCAAUUUAUUUAUUUACUAACAAGCAAUGAAAACAUUCAUUGUAUAAAAGAAAGUCCACACACAAAAAAUUAGUUUUAGUGAAGUGCCAUGGCCUAUAGCGCUCUACACCCCCGGACAUCCAGCCGGAUUAGCUGCUUGAGCAUCAAAGGACAGUUGGAAACAGGAGAUGUAGAAAGUUGAAUAGACUAAGUUAGCAAAACAAUUGCCUAUGAUCAUUAUUAAACACUCCCGCUAUUAGGUCAAGUUUACAUGAAUCUAGGCCUAUUUAAAAGGUUUUGACGGUUAUUUUAUUUUCAUGAGUCUUCAUCCAUAACUGUCAGUUACAGUUAUUAAAUUACCAUCACAGCCCUAGCUAUAACACUGUCAUCCCUGUCCUCUCUUAAAUGUUUGAAUAUUCAGGAGCAAGCUAUCCUUCGCACACAGUGUGCCAAGUGAUUCUAUUGCUUUUGUCAACGCAUUCAAGGCUUGGCAUACAUCCAGAAACAAGGGAGAGUUGAGGCACCCAAAGGUGAGCGAGCAUUUAGAUCGUUAUGUUACAUAAAUUAACUUAAAACAUGGAUAAUACAUAAAGUGUUUGUAAUAAAGGAGGUACCUAAAGACAUUAGACAAAGGUUCAGUAUCUGCUGAGAUGCCUGCAGUAAGGUGUGUGUGUUCUUCCUCCCAGGAUGAGCUGGAGUGGGGCAAGGAGAACUGCAUCCAGAUCAAGAGGAUCAGAGAGGUAUAGAGACCAGCAUCUCACCAAACACAUUUUACAUUUACAUUUUUUGUCAUUUAGCAGACGCUCUUAUCCAGAGCGACUUACAGGAGCAAUUAGGGUUAAGUGCCUUGCUCAAGGGCACAUCGACAGAUUUUUCACCUAGUCGGCUCGGGGAUUAGAACCAGCGACCUUUCGGUUACUGGCACAACGCUCUUAACCACUAAGCAACCUGCCACCCACAAACACACACCAGUUGACCCCAAUUUCUGACCACCUGACCUGACCUGACCCAGACUCUGUGACCCCCCCCCCCCCCCCCCCAGGUGGCCGAGCUCUAUGAGGACCUGAAGAAGAGAGUGUCCCAGUUCAAUAUGCACGUGAUUGAGAACCCAGUGCCCAUGGACUACUCCAGCCUCCACAAGCAGAGAUUCAUCCUGCAGGUGAGACCGAGGCACAUGCAAGCAUUCUGGAGCUCUAUACCUUACUUCCAACUUAUCUCUCUCUAUUCACUCGAGGGCAGGCUUAACUGAAUAGCGUAAGCCUUCAUUUAAAUACAUCACAAGAUUGGUGAGAAGAGAGCAGGUUGAUUAUUGCACAGGUAUGCCCAUAGGUUAAUUAGCAAGCGUGGUAAAAUUGCAUUAUUCAGCUGUGCUCAUUGGCUGUAGUGUAAUAGGUGACUGACAUUUUGCACGUGGCUAAUUAAUAGUAAAGGAGGAAGAGCGACAUGACACUGCUGUUGAUGAGAACAUUGUAAACAUUAGAUGUAAAUUCCCGCUGUGCCCAUAGAGGAAGCAAUGUGAAUUAUAUUGUGCUUACUGAAUGAAGUAUAGUGAGCUCUCCAUUCAGACCAGCCUUACUGAUUGAACCUGCGUUAUCAACUACUUUAUGAUUAUUGUUAUGACACCUGGUGUACCUAGCCCUUCUAUACAGAAUAUCACUCCGCAGUGCUAACUCUGUAGCCCUUGUCUAUUUGAUAGAAUCUCCUCUUCUUUCUUUCUCUCAGGUGGUUAUCGCUGGUGCCUACUACCCCAACUACUUUGCCCAGGGGGAAAUGGAUGAAGAGCUGGCCUCCAAAGACCUGUCCGGCCAUGAUCCCAAAACAACAGUGCUGGUAUGAUGCCAUUAUCCCCUAUCCCUGAUUUAUCAAGAUUCCUAUACAUGAACCAUGUUGUGAAUGCUAGCCCACUGACAGGCUCUUUGACUGUCUGGUCUCAGGUGAGGAACCUGCCCCCCUAUAGUUUCCUGUACUAUAAGCAGCUGCAGUCCCUCUUCCGCCAGUGUGGCCAGGUCAAGUCCAUAGCGUUUGAUGGAUCCAGGUAACAAACUAAUGGAUGAAACCUCGACUAGAUGUAGCAUAACUCAUCAUGUUACCUGGUUCAUAGAUAAAUACUUCUUAGAUGUUUUGACCUAAAUGGUCUAACAGCAUACCCAUAGUUAAUUGGUAAGAUGAUGAACAUUUGUUGUGUGUUCGUUCAGGGGGCAUGUGGAGUUCUACCGGACAACUACCCGGGGGUCGGGGGUGCUCCCUGAGGUGUCACUGGCCCUCCUCCUGGCCCACCAGAGGCAUCCUCUGGACCUGUUUGUGCACCCCAGUGACGAGGUGGAGGCUCGUGCUGGGAGCAGGACCAUCUGCCACAUGAGAUACGCUCGGUAGAGAGCCUGUACAUCCUUCUCACACUAAUAAUACUCUGCUAGGAGCUGUGGUUUUAAUCCUCUCGUAUGCUACAAAAUACUGUUUUCUGCAUUGGUGAAGCAUCUUACCCCAACUUCUCAAGAGAAAUGUGUUCAGCGGUCAGUUGAUGCCUAGGUAAUGCCAGCUCUGGCUCAGGGCCAGAUACUUCUUCAGGGGGGUGGAGGUGUCCUGUCAGUGGUUGUCUGGGUUUGGGGGAAGUGCGUCCUGCAGCCACCCACAGGCUGCACCCCUCCACACUGGGCCUUGAUGUAACCUGACGUGCUGGCACUAUGGUUGACCCUCCACAGCCAUCACACAGCCUCUGAGAGGGGAUAUUUAGGCAGAGCCAGACCCCUCCCCCCUCCUUCUUACACACAUUUAGAGAUUGGCUGUCAUGAGUAAGUUACAGUAAGUUGGGUCAGUCUCAUAGACUGACUCACUGAUGCAAUGAGGCAGCUCAGUGACUCUGAAUGUUACACUAGCACUGUGUUCCCCCUUGGAAGGAUCCUCCAGGUUUUUUGCGCAUCACUGAAAUUUGCAUCCUGUAGCACUAACUCCAAAAAGUUUUGGGACACUGUAAAGUCCAUGGAGAAUAAGAGCACUUCCUCCCAGCUGCCCACUGCACUGAGGCUAGGAAACACUAUCACCACCGAUAAAUCUACAAUAAUCGAGAAUUUCAACAAGCAUUUUGCUACAGCUGGCCAUGCUUUCCAUCUGGCUACCACUAACCCGGCCACCAACUCUGCACCCUCUGCUGCAACUUGCCCAUGCCCCCCCCGCUUCUCCUUCACACAAAUUCAGACAGCUGAUGUUUUGAAAGCGCUGCAAAAUCUGGACCCCUACAAAUCAGCUGGGCUAGACAAUCUGGACCCUUUCUUUCUAAAACUAGCCGCCGAAAUUGUCGCUACCCCUAUUACUAGUCUGUUCAACCUCUCUUUCAUAACGUCUGAGAUCCCCAGAGAUUGGAAAGCUGCCGCGGUCAUCCCCCUCUUCAAAGGGGGUGACACUCUAGAUCCAAACUGCUACAGACCUAUAUCCAUCCUGCCCUGCCUUUCGAAAGUAUUUGAAAGCCAAGUUAACAAACAGAUCAUCGACCAUUUCGAAUACCACCGUACCUUCUCCGCUAUGCAAUCCGGUUUCCGAGCUGGUCACGGGUGCACUUCAGCCACGCUCAAGGUCCUAAACGAUAUUAUAACCGCGAUUGAUAAUAGACAGUACUGUGCAGCCGUCUUCAUCGACCUGGCCAAGGCUUUCGACUCUGUCAACCACCGCAUUCUUAUUGGCAGACUAAAUAGCCUUGGUUUCUCAAAUGACUGCCUCGCCUGGUUCACCAACUACUUCUCAGAUAGAGUUCAGUGUGUCAAAUCGGAGGGCCUGUUGUCUGGACCUAUGGCAGUCUCUAUGGGGGUGCCACAGGGUUCAAUUCUUGGGCCGACACUUUUCUCCGUGUAUAUCAAUGAUGUCGCUCUUGCUGCUGGUGACUCUCAGAUCCACCUCUACGCAGACGACACCAUUUUGUAUACAUCUGGCCCUUCAUUGGACACUGUGUUAACAAACCUCCAAACGAGCUUCAAUGCCAUACAACAAUCCUUCAGUAGCCUCCAACUGCUCUUAAACACUAGUAAAACUAAAUGCAUGCUUUUCAAUCGAACGCUGCUGGCACCCGCCCACCCGACUAGAAUCACCACUCUCGACGGGUCUGACCUAGAGUAUGUGGACAACUACAAAUACCUAGGUGUCUGGUUAGACUGUAAACUCAACUUCCAGACUCACAUAAAGAAUCUCCAAUCCAAAGUUAAAUCUAGAAUCGGCUUCCUAUUUCGCAAUAAAGCCUCCUUCACUCAUGCUGCCAAACAUGCCCUCGUAAAACUGACUAUCCUACCGAUCCUUGACUUCGGCGAUGUAAUUUACAAAAUAGCCUCCAACACUCUACUCAGCAAAUUGGAUGUAGUCUAUCACAGUGCCAUCCGUUUUGUCUCCAAAGCCCCAUACACUACCCACCACUGUGACCUGUACGCUCUUGUUGGCUGGUCCUCACUACAUGUUCGUCGUCAAACCCACUGGCUCCAGGCCAUCUAUAAAUCACUGCUAGGCAAAUCCCCGCCUUAUCUUAGCUCAUUGGUCACCAUAGCAGCACCCACCCGUAGUCUGCGCUCCAGCAGGUAUAUCUCACUGGUCAUUCCCAAAGCCAACACCUCCUUUGGCCGCCAUUCCUUCCAGUUCUCUGCUGCCAAUGACUGGAACGAAUUGCAAAAAUCUCUGAAGCUGGAGACUCUUAUCUCCCUCAAUAACUUUAAGCAUCAGUUGUCAGAGCACCUUACCGAUCACUGCACCUGUACACAGCCCAUCUGAAAUUAGCCCACCCAACUACCUCAUCCCUAUAUUGUUAUUUAUUUUGCUCUUUUGCACCCCAGUAUCUCUAUUUGCACAUAAUCUCUUGCACAUCUAGCAUUCCAGUGUUAAUACUAUUGUAAUUAUUCUGCACUAUAGCCUAUUUAUUGCCUUACCUCCAUAACUUGCUACAUUUGCACACACUGUAUAUAUAUUUUCUGUUGUAUUUCUGACUUUAUGUUUUUUACCCCAUAUGUAACUCUGUGUUGUUUUUAUUGCACUACUUUGCUUUAUCUUGGCCAGGUCGCAGUUGUAAAUGAGAACCUGUUCUCAACUGGCUUACCUGGUUAAAUAAAGGUGAAAUAAAAUAAAAAUAAAAAUAAAAACUCAUUCUGUCUAUUCCUGUGGUUUGCAGGGUGAAUGUGGACUUCCAGGACAACUCAGUCUACCCAGUGGGGGUGCUGAGCAGCACCAUCGACCCAGACAAGCUGCCCUCCAACCCCAUCUUUGUGGUCAACAUCACAGAAGUUAGUCAUCAGGCUGAAACUCCUCUUUCAGUCACGUUUCUGGGAGUUAUUUUUGUGUAAAUUAGUAAUCUGGUGAAGACUAUAUCGAGAGGAACUGUAUUUAGGUGAUCACAUACCGUCCAUGUUGGCUAUGUACAGUCUACAGUGGAGGUGGUAACCAAGCAUUGCCCCCUUCAUCUUGGCUCCCUAGGUGGUGGAGGUGGGCCACUUCUGGGGCUUCCAGUCGGGCGAGGCCAGCAUGGAGAAGCAGCGCUAUCUGACAGCUGAGAUUAAUUCUCGUGAGCUGUGUCCAGUUCCUGUCUCCCUCUACCCCAACCUGCUGUGCCUGGCACCUUUCUCUGAGGGCGACGAGCAGGGCCUCUACUACCGUGCCAAGAUCCUGCAUGUCCGCGGCAGCUCUGUGGAGGUACAAUCACAUGCUCACCAAGCUCACUAGCACACGCAAUCACUCCCUUUCAUACACUUAAAUACAGGUUAAUUACAGUUGCAGUUAUAAUGGAUGAACUAUGUAAAGAUUGUGUUCUGAAUGUCCCAGGUAUUCUUUUUGGACUUCGGAAACACCACCCUGGUGUCAUGCAGCUGUCUGAGGGAGCUACCUGCUGAUAUCAUGGCCCACCCAUUGCAGGUACAGCUGCAACAUCUAUAUAGGCAACAUACUGUAUCUUCCUGAUCCAGCCUAUUUUGGCCACAUCCUAACCAGAUGAAAUUAGCCUGUAUUCUGGUAUGACUGCAUUCUGGUAUGGCUGUGUUUUGCCAUGUAUUCUGGUAUGACUGUGUUCUACCCUGUGUCCUCCUCAGGCCCAGGAGUUUCGUAUCUCGGGGAUGCAUCCAUCGGCCCAGUCCAUGAUCCUGGGGGACCAGUGGAGCAGCCGCGCACGCAACCGCUUCAUCACACUGGUGAACGGCCGCUCACUCAUCGUCUCCCUGUUUUCUAUCCUGCACGGCGUCAUGCACGUGGAGCUGCUCAUCAACACUGACACGGUCACCUCCAGCGUGGCUGACAUCAUGAUACAGGAGGGACACGCCAUCAAGGCAGAGGAGAGCUUUGAGUCCAAGGUACCUUAAGAGACACAGACCAGCUUUCUGUCAUCACUGCAGCUUUUAGGAAUGAAAUGCCAUGUAUCUUUUUGGAAAGUUGUGCUAAUGGGGAAUUGUUCGAUUGUGGUAUUCCUGUCGGGCUUGGCUAUAAACAUAUAUACAGUUGAAGUCGGAAGUUUACAUACACCUUAGCCAAAUACAUUUAAACUCAGUUUUUCACAAUUCCUGACAUUUAAUCCUAGUAUAAAUUCCCUGUCUUACGUCAGUUAGGAUCACCACUUUAUUUUAAGAAUGUGAAAUGUCAGAAUUAUUUAUUUCAGCUUUUAUUUUUUUCAUCACAUUCCCAGUGGGUCAGAAGUUUACAUACACUCAAUUAGUAUUUGGUAGCAAUGCCUUUAAAUUGUUUAACUUGGGUCAAAAGUUUCGGGUAGUCUUCCACAAGCUUCCCACAAUAAGUUGGGUGAAUUUUGGCCCAUUCCUCCUGACAGAGCUGGUGUAACUGAGUCAGGUUUGUAGGCCUCCUUGCUCGCACAUGCUUUUUCAGUUCUGCCCACAAAUGUUCUAUAGGAUUGAGGUCAGGGCUUUGUGAUGGCCACUCCAAUACCUUGACUUUGUUGUCCUUAAGCCAUUUUGCCACAACUUUGGAAGUAUGCUUUUGGUCAUUGUCCAUUUGGAAGACCCAUUUGCGACCAAGCUUUAACUUCCUGACUGAUGUCUUGAGAUGUUGCUUCAAUAUAUCCACAUAAUUUUCCUUCCUCAUGAUGCCAUCUAUUUUGUGAAGUGCACCAGUCCCUCCUGCAGCAAAUCACCCCCACAGCAGGAUGCUGCCACCCCCGUGCUUCACGGUUGGGAUGGAGUUCUUCGGCUUGCAAGCAUCCCCCUUUUUCCUGCAAACAUAACGAUGGUCAUUAUGGGCAAAAAGUUCUAUUUUUGUUUCAUCAGACCAGAGGACAUUUCUCCAAAAAGUAUGAUCAUUGUCCCCAUGUGCAGUUGCAAACCGUAGUCUGGCUUUUCUAUGGCGGUUUUGGAGCAGUGGCUUCUUCCUUGCUGAGCGGCCUUUCAGGUUAUGUUGAUAUGGGACUCAUUUUACUGUGGAUAUAGAUACUUUUGUACCUGUUUCCUCCAGCAUCUUCACAAGGUCCUUUGCUGUUGUUCUGGGAUUGAUUUGCACUUUUCGCACCAAAGUACAUUAAUCUCUAGGAGACAGAAUGCGUCUCCUUCCUGAGCGGUAUGACGGCUGCGUGGUCCCAUGGUGUUUAUACUUGCAUACUAUUGUUUGUGCAGAUGAAUGUGGUACCUUCAGGAGUUUGAAAAUUGCUCUCAAGGAUGAACCAGAUUUGUGGAGGUCUACAAUACUUUUUCUGAGGUCUUGGCUGAUUUCUUUUGAUUUUCCCAUGAUGUCAAGCAAAGAGGGACUGAGUUUGAAGGUAGGCCUUGAAAUACAUCCACAGGUACACCUCCAAUUGACUCAAAUGAUGUCAAUUAGCCUAUCAGAAGCUUCUAAAGCCAUGACAUCAUUUUAUGGAAUUUUCCAAGCAGUUUAAAGGCACAGUCAACUUCUGACCCACUGAAAUUGUGAUACAGUGAAUUAUAAGUGAAAUAAUCUGUCUGUAAACAAUUGUUGGAAAAAUUACUUGUGUCAUGCACAAAGUAGAUGUCCAAACCGACUUGCCAAAACUAUAGUUUGUUAACAAGAAAUUUGUGGAGUGGUUGAAAAACGAGUUUUAAUGACUCCAACCUAAGUGUAUGUAAACUUCCGACUUCAACUUUGUAUAUAUAUAUAUAUAUAUAUAUAUACAUACAGUGGGGAGAACAAGUAUUUGAUACACUGCUGAUUUUGCAGGUUUUCCUACUUACAAAGCAUGUAGAGGUCUGUAAUUUUUGUCAUAGGUACACUUCAACUGAGAGAUGGAAUCUAAAACAAAAAUCCAGAAAAUCACAAUGUAUGAUUUUUAAGUAAUUAAUUUGCAUUUUAUUGCAUGACAUAAGUAUUUGAUCACCUACCAACCAGUAAGAAUUCCGGCUCUCACAGACCUGUUAGUUUUUCUUUAAGAAGCCCUCCUGUUCUCCACUCAUUACCUGUAUUAACGGCACCUGUUUGAACUCGUUACCUGUAUAAAAGACACCUGUCCACGCACUCAAUCAAACAGACUCCAACCUCUCCACAAUGGCCAAGACCAGAGAGCUGUGUAAGGACAUCAGGGAUACAAUUGUAGACCUGCACAAGGCUGGGAUGGGCUACAGGACAAUAGGCAAGCAGCUUGGUGAGAAGGCAACAACUGUUGGCGCAAUUAUUAGAAAAUGGAAGAAGUUCAAGAUGACGGUCAAUCACCCUCAGUCUGGGGCUCCAUGCAAGAUUUCACCUCGUGGGGCAUCAAUGAUCAUGAGGAAGGUGAGGGAUCAGCCCAGAACUACACGGCAGGACCUGUUCAAUGACCUGAAGAGAGCUGGGACCAUAGUCUCAAAAAAAACCAUUAGUAACACACUACGCCGUCAUGGAUUAAAAUCCUGCAGCGCACGCAAGGUCCCCCUGCUCAAGCCAGCGCAUGUCCAGGCCCGUCUGAAGUUUGCCAAUGACCAUCUGGAUGAUCCAGAGGAGGAAUGGGAGAAGGUCAUGUGGUCUGAUGAGACAAAAAUAUAGCUUUUUGGUCUAAACUCCACUCGCCGUGUUUGGAGGAAGAAGGAGGAUGAGUACAACCCCAAGAACACCAUCCCAACCGUGAAGCAUGGAGGUUGAAACAUCAUUCUUUGGGGAUGCUUUUCUGCAAAGGGGACAGGACGACUGCACCGUAUUGAGGGGAGGAUGGAUGGGGCCAUGUAUCGCGAGAUCUUGGCCAACAACCUCCUUCCCUCAGUAAGAGUAUUGAAGAUGGGUCGUGGCUGGGUCUUCCAGCAUGACAACGACCCGAAACACACAGCCAGGGCAACUAAGGAGUGGCUCCGUAAGAAGCAUCUCAAGGUCCUGGAGUGGCCUAGCCAGUCUCCAGACCUGAACCCAAUAGAAAAUCUUUGGAGGGAGCUGAAAGUCCGUAUGGCCCAGCGACAGCCCUGAAACCUGAAGGAUCUGGAGAAGGUCUGUAUGGAGGAGUGGGCCAAAAUCCCUGCUGCAGUGUGUGCAAACCUGGUCAAGACCUACAGGAAACGUAUGAUCUCUGUAAUUGCAAACAAAGGUUUCUGUAACAAAUAUUAAGUUCUGCUUUUCUGAUGUAUCAAAUACUUAUGUCAUGCAAUAAAAUGCAAAUUAAUUACUUAAAAAUCAUACAAUGUGAUUUUCUGGAUUUUUGUUUUAGAUUCGUCUCUCACAGUUGAAGUGUACCUAUGAUAAAAAUUACAGACCUCUACAUGCUUUGUAAGUAGGAAAACCUGCAAAAUCGGCAGUGUAUCAAAUACUUGUUCUCCCCACUGUGUAUGUAUGUGUAUGUGUAUGUGUAUAUAUAUAUAUAUAUAUUAGGGCUGUCAAAAAUAGCGCGUUAACGACGUUAAUUAGUUGUUUGCUGUUAAUUACGUCAAUUUUUUUAACGCAUUUCACGCAUGCGCAGUGUGACAAAUUAUUCAGGUCAGGAAAGUGGUUGGGAGCUAGAGGCGAGAUGGAGCAAGGUGAGCAAAGUGGGCCUAUUGACGGAUUCAAAUAUAAAAAGAAUGAUGAUGGUACAGUUAACAAGUACAAGGUUAUUUGCAAGAUUUGUAAGAAGGAGUUUCAAUUUCACCGGAGCUGUUCAAGCUUGAAGUACCAUGUCAACGCCAAACAUGCGUUUGCUGGGCCGUCAGAUUCAGCAAGUGGUUUGCGCCAGACCACGCUGAAUGUUUGCAGGCAAUUAACAAAAUCAACCUCAGAUAAUUUGACCAACACAAUAGCAAAAUGGAUUGCAAAGGAUUGUAGACCCAUUAGCAUUGUAGAAGACUCAGGUUUCCUUGAUGUUUUGCAAGUGGCGUCUCAAGACUCAUUCUAUAAGCCACCGUCAAGAGCCACAGUUAUGAAGAAAAUCCACGAGCUCUAUGAAAACGAAAAAGAAAAAAGGAAAGAGGUCUUGGCUCAAGUAAAUCAUAUCUUUAUUUAUCUUUUGGUAUGCAUUUCAGAAAAAAAAUGGUUAGGAUUCAGGUGUACAGUAAUUGCAAAUAGUGAUUAAUCAUGAUUAAUCCACUGAAAAUUCUGAUUAAUUUGAUUAAAAUUUUUAAUCAUUUGACAGCCCUAAUAUAUAUAUAUAUAUAUAUAUAUAUAUAUAUAUAUAUAUAUAUAUAUAUAUAUAUAUUAUAUAUAUAUAUAAUUCAGUGUUUCCUAGGUGUCCAGCAGUAGAAACACAGGCUGUGACCCUGACAGUGCUGUGUGGUUGUGUGUCUUGCAGCAGAGCCAUGAGGUGCUGGUGUCUCUGUACAAAGACUUGCAGGACGGAACCUUCACCCCCAAUGCUACCAGCAGCUCCUGGAAGACCAACAAGGAGAAAGAGAAGCAGCUCAUCGACAGCCUGCUCCAGUCCUUCUCUAAGACCAGCCAGUCCUCUCUGAAGAGCAAGGCAAGAACACUGGCCUAACGGCUCACUCACAUUUCAUAGACUGCGUUCAAUAGACUCCCUGUCUGGUUCAACCAGACAGUGUUGUUAGUAGUUCUCCACAAGAUGGCGUCAUCGUCUUUCUACAUGCCUUGUUUUGUCCAGAGGGUGGAGACAUUUUGGUAGCAUGUGAGCUGGUGUACAUUUUGUUCUACAGUGUAUUAGUGGGCCAGGGCCAUACCUUCCUGUCAGGAAUUCCUGGAAUACAAUAGGUAUCUGGGGAUUUUUCCUGUUAUUUAACAUGUAUAAGGGUCUUUCUGUAAAUAAUGGGGCAAAUGUGUGACAUUGGGCCAAACAUUUCUAAAUCGUUUGAAACAAAGGAUUUUCAUGGAGAUCCACGUAUGUACUUAGAGGAAUAAAAGUGAAUAUAUACAAAUUGGCCCAUAACUCCACCUAUACAACAACAUAGGAUUAAACUUUCUUUAAGCAGGGUUCAUACAGACAUUGGCAAGUCAAAUUCAAGGACUUUCAGGGACUUUUCCAAGCACUUCAUUGUAACUUUCAAGGACCUCUGUUAUACAAUUGUACAGUACCAGACAAAAUUUGGACACUCCUACUCAUUCAAGGGUUUUUCUUUAUUUGUACAAUUUUUUUACAUUGUAGAAUAAAAGUGAAGACAUCAAAACUAUGAAAUAACACAUAUGUAAUCAUGUAGUAACCAAAAAAGUGUUAAACAAGUCCAAAUAUAUUUUAUAUUUGAGAUUCUUCAAAUAGCCACCCUUUGCCUUGAUGACAGCUUUGCACACUCUUGGCAUUCUCUCAACCAGCUUCACCUGGAAUGCUUUUCCAACAGUCUUGAAGGAGUUCCCACAUAUGCUGAGCACUUGUUGGCUGCUUUUCCCUCACUCUGCCGUCUGACUCAUCCCAAACCAUCUCAAUUGAGUUGAGGUCGGGGGAUUGUGGAGGCCAGGUCAUCUGAUGCAGGACUCCAUCACUCUCCUUCUUGGUUAAAAUAGCCCUUACACAGCCUGUAGGUGUGUUGGGUCAUUGUCCUGUUGAAAAACAAAGGAUAGUCCCACUAAGCCCAAACCAGAUGGGAUGGCGUAUCGCUGCAGAAUGCUGUGGUAGCCAUGCUGGUUAAGUGGGCCUUGAAUUCUAAAUACAUCACAGACAGUGUCACCAGCAAAGCACCCCCACACCAUAACACCACCUCCUCCAUGCUUUACGGUGGGAACUACACAUGCGGAGAUCAUCCGUUCACCCACACCGCAUCUCACAAAGACAGCGGUUUGAACCAAAAAUCUCCAAUUUGGACUCCAGACCAAAGGACAGAUUUCCAUUGCUAAUGUCCGUAGCUCGUGUUUCUUGGCCCAAGCAGGUCUCUUCUUCUUAUUGGUGUCCUUUAGUAGUGGUUUCUUUGCAGCAAUUCGACAAUGAAGGCCUGAUUCACACAGUCCCCUCUGAACAGUUGAUGUUGAGACGUGUCUGUGACUUGAACUUGAAUUUUUGAGGCUGGUAACUCUAAUGAACUUAUCCUCUGCAGCAGAGGUAACUCUGGGUCUUCCAUUCCUGUGCCGGUCCUCAUGAGAGCCAGUUUCAUCAUAGCGCUUAAUGGUUUUUGCGACUGCACUUGAAGAAACUUCACUCUAAGUUCUUGACAUUUUCCGGAUUGACUGACCUUCAUGUCUUAAAGUAAUAAUGGACUGUCAUUUCUCUUUGCUUAUUUGAGCUGUUCUUGCCAUAAUAUGGACUUGGUCUUUUACCAAAUAGGGCUAUCUUCUGUAUACCACCCCUACCUUGUCACAACACAACUGAUUGGCUCAAACGCAUUAAGAAGGAAAGAAAUUCCACAAAUUAACUUUUAAGAAGGCACACCUGUUAAUUGAAAUGAUUCCAGGUGACUACCUCAUGAAGCUAGUUGAGAGAAUGCCAAGAGUGUGCAAAGAUGUCAUCAAGGCAAAGGAUGGCUAUUUGAAGAAUCUCAAAUAUAAAAUAUAUUUGGACUUGUUUAACACUUUUGGUUAUUACAUGAUUCCAUAUGUGUUAUUUCAUAGUUUUGAUGUCUUCACUAUUAUUCUACAAUGUAAAAAAUAGUACAAAUAAAGAAAAACCCUUGAAUGAGUAGGCGUGUCCAAACUUUUGACUGGUAGUGUAUAAUUUAUAUAAUUGUACAUAUAGAGCCUAAUAUAGAACCCAUACGCACAAAACACUUAUUUCUCUCAAAUUUUGUGCACGAAUUUGUUUACAUCACUGUUAAUGAGCAUUUCUCCUUUGCCAAGAUAAUUCAUCAACCUGACAGGUGUGGCAUAUCAAGAUGCUGAUUAAACAGCAUGAUCAUUACACAGGUGCACCUUGUGCUGGGUACAAUAAAAGACCACUCUAAAAUGUGUAGUUUUGUCACACAACACAAUGCCACAGAAAUCUCUCAAGUUUUGAGGGAGCGUGCAAUUGUCAUGAUGACUGCAGGAAAGUCCACCAGAGCUGUUGCCAGAGAAUUCAAUGUUAAUUUCUCUACCAUAAUCCACCUCCAACGUAAUUUUUUGAGUAUUUGGCGGUAUGUCCAACCGGCCUCACAACCGCAGACCACGUGUAACCACGCCAGCCCAGGACCUCCACAUCCGGCUUCUUCACCUGCGGGAUUGUCUGAGGGGAGGGGGGAGGGGUGCUGAGGAGUAUUUCUGUCUGUAAUGAAGCCCUUUUGUGGGGAAAAACGAAUUGAUUGGCUGGGCCUGGCUCUCCAUUGCGUGGGCUUAUGCCCUCCCAGGCCCACCCAUGGCUGCGCCCCUGCCCAGUCAUGUGAAAUCCAUAGAUUAGGCCCUGGUGAAUUUAUUUCAAUUGACUGAUUUCCUUAUAUGAACUGUAACAGCAAAAUCUUUUAAAUUGUUGCAUGGUUCAUUUAUAUUUUUGUUCAGUAUAUUAUUACAUUCUAAAAUGUGAGAAUAAUGUGGACAUUGCCUGACUAAAUAGAUUGGAUACAUGCAUGGCGAUUUUUCUGUAGCCUAUGUGGCUGCCACAGGCACGCAUAAAAGCCAUGAAUAGUGGUAGCAUUAAUCUCACCAUUUGAAUAAAUGUAAUUUAAUAGGAAUAGCGUUGGGUGUUGCACAAUAGUCUAUCCUACACAGUAGACUGUGUCUAAUCUGAGGCACAAAGAUAUAUGAACACAUUACCUUGAUGCUUUCUCUGUUAAAACUAACGAGACACUGCUGUAAAUCAAUCAGACAACAGAUGAUCAACAUCAAUACGAUAGGGAUAUUAGAUCCAACGUGGAUCCAGGCACCACUGUCUUCACUGCCGAAACAAAUGAGACAACAAAAUAUUCUGGACAUUCCUCGCAAACACCUUUUUUGCAGCUUGGGCUGUUGGCGCACGCGAUGCAACAUCACAAAAGCUGUUCGUCACUUGACUCUCAUUCGGAAAAUUAUUUCCUGGAUCAGAUGAUGAUGUGUGAAAAUAUCACGGCGUUACUGAUCAGCUGGACACCAAAUGCUCAUCCAACAACUAUUAUGUAUAAUUAUUGAAGCACCACGUUAAUGACGGUAUUGAUUUAGGUUUGACGUAUUAAGGUAAGGUGACUCAGUUAGAAGCAUUCGAUUUUGCAAUAGUUUUUAUUAUUUUGGGUUUGUAUGCCCAUUAACUGUUUUCACACCGCGUAACAUAAGGAGACACAAUGUUACGUAGUUACACUGCAUUUCUGAGAUCUAUACAAAAAACUGUCCAACAGCUAGAUCCAGGAUUUUUACACAGUUCAAUGUCUAAUUUAACUACUAAAUGCUUAAUAUAUGCUAUAACGACAACUUACACUGCCACAAAUGCAAAGACACGAUGUUGGACAAAUCCAUCAAGACAACAACCAAGAUAAAGGGUUAAAUAGUUUUUAAAUGAACUUGUGAAUUGUAUUGGAUAUAGCUAUGAUUCCCCCCCCCCCCCCCACCCUUUUUUUUUUUUUUUUUUUUUUUUUAGGGGGUAGAUCAGCUUUAAUAUUACAGAUAUAUUGUAACUUCCAUCAAUGUAAUUGACUGCAUCACUUCCAAUCCCCCAUAUGUUUUUUUUAUUCUCGCAUAUAUAUAUAUAUAUAUAUAUAUAUAUAUAUAUAUAUAUAUAUAUAUAUAUAGUGAGGGGAAAAAAGUAUUUGAUCCCCUGCUGAUUUUGUAUGUUUGCCCACUGACAAAGAAAUGAUCAGUCUAUAAUUUUAAUGGUAGGUUUAUUUGAACAGUGAGACAGAAUAACAACAAAAAAAUCCAGAAAAAUGCAUGUCAAAAAUGUUAUCAAUUGAUUUGCAUUUUAAUGAGGGAAAUAAGUAUUUGACCCCUCUGCAAAACAUGACUUAGUACUUGGUGGCAAAACCCUUGUUGGCAAUCACAGAGGUCAGACGUUUCUUGUAGUUGGCCACCAGGUUUGCACACAUCUCAGGAGGGAUUUUGUUCCACUCCUCUUUGCAGAUCUUCUCCAAGUCAUUAAUGUUUCGAUGCUGACGUUUGGCAACUUGAACCUUCAGCUCCCUCCACAGAUUUUCUAUGGGAUUAAGGUCUGGAGACUGGCUAGGCCACUCCAGGACCUUAAUGUGCUUCUUCUUGAGCCACUCCUUUGUUGCCUUGCGGUGUGUUUUGGGUCAUUGUCAUGCUGGAAUACCCAUCCACGACCCAUUUUCAAUGCCCUGGCUGAGGGAAGGAGGUUCUCACCCAAGAUUUGACAGUACAUGGCCCCGUCCAUCGUCCCUUUGAUGCGGUGAAGUUGUCCUGUCCCCUUAGCAGAAAAACACCCCCAAAGCAUAAUGUUUCCACCUCCAUGUUUGACGGUGGGGAUGGUGUUCUUGGGGUCAUAGGCAGCAUUCCUCCUCCUCCAAACACGGCGAGUUGAGUUGAUGCCAAAGAGCUCCAUUUUGGUCUCAUCUGACCACAACACUUUCACCCAGUUCUCCUCUGAAUCAUUCAGAUGUUCUUUGGCAAACUUCAGACGGCCCUGUAUAUGUGCUUUCUUGAGCAGGGGGACCUUGCGGGUACUGCAGGAUUUCAGUCCUUCACGGCGUAGUGUGUUACCAAUUGUUUUCUUGGUGACUAUGGUCCCAGCUGCCUUGAGAUCAUUGACAAGAUCCUCCCGUGUAGUUCUGGGCUGAUUCCUCACCUUUCUCAUGAUCAUUGCAACUCCACGAGGUGAGACUUGCAUGGAGCCCCAGGCCGAGGGAGAUUGACAGUUAUUUUGUGUUUCUUCCAUUUGCGAAUAAUCGCACCAACUGUUGUCACCUUCUCACCAAGCUGCUUGGCGAUGGUCUUGUAGCCCAUUCCAGCCUUGUGUAGGUCUACAAUCUUGUCCCUGACAUCCUUGGAGAGCUCUUUGUUGUUGAUUGCUUCUGUGGACAGGUGUCUUUUAUACAGGUAACAAGCUGAGAUUAGGAGCACUCCCUUUAAGAGUGUGCUCCUAAUCUCAGCUCGUUACCUGUAUAAAAGACACCUGGGAGCCAGAAAUCUUUCUGAUUGAGAGGGGGUCAAAUACUUAUUUCCCUCAUUAAAAUGUAAAUCAAUUUAUAACAUUUUUGACAUGCGUUUUUCUGGAUUUUUUGUUGUUAUUCUGUCUCUCACUGUUCAAAUAAACCUACCAUUAAAAUGAUAGACUGAUCAUUUCUUUGUCAGUGGGCAAACGUACAAAAUCAGCAGGGGAUCAAAUACUUUUUUCCCUCACUGUAUAUAUGUACACAUACAUACAUAUAAAUACAUAUCCAUACAUACAUAUAAAUACAUAUCCAUACAUACAUAUAAAUACAUACAUAUACACUACCGUUCAAAAGUUUGGGGUCAUUUAGAAAUGUCCUUGUUUUCGAAAGAAAAUCAUUUUUUUGGUCCAUUUAAAAUGACAUCAAAUUGAUCAGAAAUACAGUGUAGACAUUGUUAAUGUUGUAAAUGGCUAUUGUAGCUGGAAACGGCUGAUUUUUAAUGGAAUAUCUACAUAGGCGUACAGAGGCCCAUUAUCAGCAACUUGAGACUAGUUUGAGUAUCUGGAGCAUCAGCAAUUGUGGGUUCGAUUACAGGCUCAAAAUGGGCAGAAACAAAUAACUUUCUUCUGAAACUCGUCAGUCUAUUCUUGUUCUGAGAUAUGAAGGCUAUUCCAUGCGAGAAAUUGCCAAGAAACUGAAGAUCUCGUACAAUUCUGUGUACUACUCCCUUCACAGAACAGCGCAAACUGGCUCUAACCAGAAUAGACAGAGGACAAAUACUGAGCAAGAGGACAUGUUAGGAGGACAAAUACAUUAGAGUGUCUAGUUUGAGAAACAGACGCCUCACAGGUCUUCAACUGGCAGCUUCAUUAAAUAGUACCCGCAAAACACAGUGAAGAGGUGACUCCGGGAUGCUGACCUAGGUAGAGUUGCAAAGAAAAAGUCCAGUGUCUGUGUUCUUUUGCCCAUCUUAAUAUUUUCUUUUUAUUGGCCAGUCUGAGAUGUCUUUUUCUUUGCAAAUCAGCCAGCUACAAUAGCCAUUUACAACAUUAACAAUGUCUACACUGUGUUUCUGAUCAAUUUGAUGUCAGUUUAAUUGACAAAAAUUUUGCUUUUCUUUCGAAAACAAGGACAUUUCUAAGUGACCCCAAACUUUUGAAAGGUAUACAUAUCCUUAAAAAAAUUAUAUUUCCCUUUAUUACUUUCCAACCCCAUCACCCCUUCCCUAAUUGGAGUAAACUAGUGAACAACAACACUUAGGCCUCUACUUCCAGCUUAUACAUACUAUAUACAUUUUAUGGACACAGUCAAUUGUACAAUAAUUAUAUUUUGUUUGUUUUUACUCCUGAACUUCCUCUACCCUCAACCUCUCCGAUAAUUUUCAUGAUGUCCAUCCUUAUCCAUAUCUUUCUAACUGUGCUCUUUCACAAAAGCUCUCAACCUAUAACCUACAGUGGGGAAAAAAGUAUUUAGUCAGCCACCAAUUGUGCAAGUUCUCCCACUUAAAAAGAUGAGAGAGGCCUGUAAUUUUCAUCAUAGGUACACGUCAACUAUGACAGACAAAAUGAGAGAAAAAAUCCAGAAAAUCACAUUGUAGGAUUUUUAAUGAAUUUAUUUGCUAAUUAUGGUGGAAAAUAAGUAUUUGGUCAAUAACAAAAGUUUCUCAAUACUUUGUUAUAUACCUUUUGUUGGCAAUGACACAGGUCAAAUGUUUUCUGUAAGUCUUCACAAGGUUUUCACACACUGUUGCUGGUAUUUUGGCCCAUUCCUCCAUGCAGAUCUCCUCUAGAGCAGUGAUGUUUUGGGGCUGUCGCUGGGCAACAUGGACUUUCAACUCCCUCCAAAGAUUUUCUAUGUGGUUGAGAUCUAGAGACUGGCUAGGCCACUCCAGGACCUUGAAAUGCUUCUUACGAAGCCACUCCUUUGUUGCCCGGGCGGUGUGUUUGGGAUCAUUGUCAUGCUGAAAGACCCAGCCACGUUUCAUCUUCAAUGCCCUUGCUGAUGGAAGGAGGUUUUCACUCAAAAUCUCACGAUACAUGGCCCCAUUCAUUCUUUCCUUUACACGGAUCAGUCGUCCUGGUCCCUUUGCAGAAAAACAGCCCCAAAGCAUGAUGUUUCCACCCCCAUGCUUCACAGUAGGUAUGGUGUUCUUUGGAUGCAACUCAGCAUUCUUUGUCCUCCAAACACGACGAGUUGAGUUUUUACCAAAAAGUUCUAUUUUGGUUUCAUCUGACCAUAUGACAUUCUCCCAAUCCUCUUCUGGAUCAUCCAAAUGCACUCUAGCAAACUUCAGACGGGCCUGGACAUGUACUGGCUUAAGCAGGGGGACACGUCUGGCACUGCAGGAUUUGAGUCCCUGGCGGCGUAGUGUGUUACUGAUGGUAGGCUUUGUUACUUUGGUCCCAGCUCUCUGCAGGUCAUUCACUAGGUCCCCCCGUGUGGUUCUGGGAUUUUUGCUCACUGUUCUUGUGAUCAUUUUGACCCCACGGGGUGAGAUCUUGCGUGGAGCCCCAGAUCGAGGGAGAUUAUCAGUGGUCUUGUAUGUCUUCCAUUUCCUAAUAAUUGCUCCCACAGUUGAUUUCUUCAAACCAAGCUGCUUACCUAUUGCAGAUUCAGUAUUCCCAGCCUGGUGCAGGUCUACAAUUUUGUUUCUGGUGUCCUUUGACAGCUCUUUGGUCUUGGCCAUAGUGGAGUUUGGAGUGUGACUGUUUGAGGUUGUGGACAGGUGUCUUUUAUUUACAUUUACAUUUUAGUCAUUUAGCAGACGCUCUUAUCCAGAGCGACUUACAGGAGCAAUUAGGGUUAAGUGCCUUGCUCAAGGGCACAUCGACAGAUUUUUCACCUAGUCGGCUCGGGGAUUAGAACCAGCGACCUUUCGGUUACUGGCACAACGCUCUUACCCACUAAGCUACCUGCCGCCUCUUUUAUACUGAUAACAAGUUCAAACAGGUGCCAUUAAUACAGGUAAUGAGUGGAGGACAGAGGAGCCUCUUAAAGAAGUUACAGGUCUGUGAGAGCCAGAAAUCUUGCUUGUUUGUAGGUGACCAAAUACUUAUUUUCCACCAUAAUUUGCAAAUAAAUUCAUAAAAAAUCCUACAAUGUGAUUUACUGGAAUUUUUUUCCUAAAUUUGUCUAUCAUAGUUGACGUGUACCUAUGAUGAAAAUGACAGGCCUCAUCUUUUUAAGUGGGAGAACUUGCACAAUUGGUGGCUGACCUAAAUACUUUUUUUCCCCACUGUAUAUACUUAUUAUGGACACAGUAUGCUUUACAUGAGUUAUCUUGUUGUUAUUAGUUGUUUUUAGUUGUUAUUAGUCCCAUCCCUAUCUUAAUGUAAUGACAUUGGGGGAAGAAAACUGGUUUAUUAUCAAUGACUUAUCAACAGCUGUAACAAGCUGUCCAGUGUAGGAAAUCCUCACUGGAAUCGUAGUUUAUAGAAAGACCCAUAACAUAAAUGUGUAUGAAUGUUAGUGGCUACAGAAUGCCCAUUUUGAGUCUUACUGCUGAUUAAGUAAGUGUUGCUGAUGCUGUUCCCAACAGGUUCCUGUGCAUGGCCCAUCCAGCCCUAACAAAGUCAACUUCCACAGCUUUUGCAACGUCAGCCACUACAGGUUAGUCACUGUCACCCAGAUCAGGUUAGAGUUUGGCCCACUUCUGGUGACACUAUAUCUCAGUGCUAAUGAAUGUGUCAACUCCUUUCAGGUCGGUACUCAUAGAAAAGGACAGCAUCAACUCAGUGGCGUUGAAUGACAGUCCUCAGGACAGCCAUCAGAGGAUGCUGGUGGCCGGCUCCGUGUCUGUCAGUGCCACAGGUACAGGACUGGGAAUGGGAUCUGAUCUGGGAUAUAAGCAGACUCUAGAACAGGGGUAUUCAACUCUUACCCUACGAGGUCCGAAUCCUGCUGGUUUUCUUUUCUACCUGGUAAUUAAUUGCACCCACCUGGUGUCCCAGGUCUAAAUCAGUCCCUGAUUCGAGGGGAACAAUUAAAAAAUACAGUGGAAAUGGCUUCAAGGUCCAGACUUAAGUUUGAGGGCGCUAGAAUAAGGAUUAGACCCUACCAGACAUUUAUAUUUGUCUUUGUUAUAACAGUAAGAUACUUAUGUGUGAAUGUGUGUGCUGCUCUAGGCGCAUGCAUUCUACUGAAGGAGACCACGCUGAUGCCUCACAUCCACGGCCUGCCUGCUCUCAUCACCAUGCUCUUCAGCCCUGUCAUUGAGCUACGGUCAGUCUGCUUGAAGAUAGUAUGCUCCUCACCACAUUCACAUUUAAUCAAAUUACCUAUCAGAAAACCUUACCCUAAGAUCCUAUAGGGAAUGUGAAAUGAUUGGGGUUCUACUAAGCUAACAUAUGGAAUUGUUUGAAGAUGGUCAUACCAAGGAUAAUUGAGCUAUUUGAUUUUAAAUUAAGGUAUCAAAUGAGAGAUAUAAGAAAGAUCAGGAAACAAUAAUAAUAAUUUAAAAAAUGGACAUGUAUUUAACCUCUUAUUUUAAGCACUAAACUACACUAUAUAUACAAAAGUAUGUGGACACCCCUUCAAAUUAGUGGAUUCGGCUAUUUCAGCCACACCCGUUGCUGACGGGUGUAUAAAAUCGAGCACAGAGCCAUGCAAUCUCCAAAGACAAACCUUGGCAGUACAAUGGCCUUACUGAAGAGCUCAGUGACUUUGAACGUGGCACUGUCAUAGGAUGCCACCUAUCCAACAAGUAAAAUAUCUGCCCAGCUAGAGCUGCCCCGGUCAACUGUAAGUGCUGUUAUUGUGAAGUGGAAACGUCUAGGAGCAACAACGGCUCAGCCGUGAAGUGGUAGGCCACACAAGCUCACAGAACGGGAUCGCAGAGUGCUGAAGCACGUAAAAAUCGUCUGUCCUCGGUUGCAACGCUCACUACCGAGUUCCAAACUGCCUCUGGAAGCAACGUCAGCACAAGAGCUGUUUGUUGGGAGCUUAAUUAAAUGGGUUUCCAUGGCCGAGCAGCCGCACACAAGCCUAAGAUCACCAUGUGCAAUGCCAAGCGUCGGCUGGAGUCGUGUAAAGCUCGCCGCCAAUGGACUCUGGAGUAGUGGAAAUGCGUUCUCAGGAGUGAUGAAUCACACUUCACCAUCUGGCAGUCCGACAAACUAAUCUGCGUUUGGUGGAUGUCAGGAUAACCCUAUCUGCCUGACUGCAAAGUGCCAACUGUAAAGUUUGUUAGAGGAGGAAUAAUGGGGCUGUUUUUCAUGGUUCGGGCUAGGCACCUUAGUUCCAGUGAAGGGAAAUCUUAAUGCUACAGCAUACAAUGACAUUCUAGAUGAUUCUGUGCUUCCAACUUUGUGGCAACAGUUUGGGAAAUGCCCUUUCCUGUUUCAGCAUGACAAUGCCACCGUGCACGAAACGAGAUCCAUACAGUAAUGGAUUGUCGAGAUCGGUGUGGAAGAACUUGACUGGCCUGCACAGAGCCCUGACCUCAACCCCAUCGGACACCUUUGGGAUGAAUUGGAACGCCGUCUGUGAGCCAGGCCUAAUCGCCCAACAUCUGUGCCUGACCUCACUAAUGCUCUUGUGGCUGAAUGGAAGCAAGUCCCCGCAGCAAUGUUCCAACAUCUAGUGGAAAGCCUUCCCAGAAGAGUGGAGGCUGUUAUAGCAGCAAAGGGGGGAGUAACUCCAUAUUAAUGCCCAUGAUUUUGGAAUUAGAUGUUCGACGAGCAGGUGUCCACAUACUUUUGGUAAUGUAGUGUAUCUCAUAUAUAUACUUCCAUUUAUAUUUUUUUUCAUUGGUACCCGGCUUAGGGCUGUUCCAGUGACCAUAUUACCGCCACACCGGCAGUCAUGAGUCAUGACCGCAGUAAAAUUCCACAUGACUGUUAAGUCACGGUAAUCUCCUGUUAUGCACUCUGGACAUGCUUUGGUAGUACCCAACUUGCUAAUGACCAUCAGGUCUUAAUGGCCUGGUACUCAGGGCUCUAUUGUCCUUCUAACCACUGACUCUGACAUCAAUGCAAAUGCAAUCAAAAAUCACAUCAAACACUUAUCAAAACAGUAUCUGCAUUUAAAACUCACCUCACUGUGAUGAUCAAUUUGAAAAAAUAAGUUCAACAGCAGGUUGAAACUGAUUGUAACACAUGGUCGUUUGGAUGUUGUUUCAAAGCCUAACACAACGAAAUGAACAGUGCUUUCUAAGGUGAUGAUUAAUUCAAAACACACAUGCUCAUAUUAGAACCUGAAUUAAUAUUAUGAUUGUGCCGUUGUACAAUACAUAGCCUACUGCAUAUUACGCAUGGCAGAAAAACAUAAAACUAAACUGAUUUAAGAUGUCUUUGGUACAUAAUUGGUCUAGCCUAUACUCCAAAGUUAAACAAAUUAAUGUGAUCGCCUUUGAGUGUGGACUGUAUUAUUAUGCAUACUGGAUGGACUGGUUACCUUAUGCUACUCUCCAAAAUGUCUAUCCACGAGUCUGGGCGAGAACAUAUAGUACUAGGCGAUGCUGUUGGUUCAUUGAUUGUGCAGGGCAGCUUACAGUAAGCCUACAAUUAUAUUUAAUUAGAUUUUUGAAUAGCCUAGUAAUAGGGAUUUUUUAAAUGUCUUUUCAUAAUUAAUUGGGUGACACAUUACCUUUUAGCUAUUGUGGUGGUAAUUCUAACGCAAAGGAGAGAGACUGUAUUCUUCAAAACAACUUAAUUUGCAAAAAUGAAGCAAUAAACGACAAUCACUCAACAGUGCAUCGUUAGAAAGCCCAACGAUCAUAGUUGGGUCUCAGCUUAUAUAGAAAAAGUACGUCCUAUUCUGUCUACGUGACAGUUUAGCAGAUGGGUGGAAACAGGGCGAGGUUGAUAACACGAGGGCUCAACCGUAUAACUGCGUUCGUGACAGUUCACACUAUAAUGUGCUCCUUCCUGCAACUUCCCAUAGAGCUGACUUCCUGCAGAAAAUAAAAUCACAGGAUGUGUCACAUGCUGCGGUCGCACCCAAAUGGCUCUUAUCUGUACGCCCAGACUUACAGUACCAGUCAAAAGUUUGGACCCACCUACUCAUUCCAGGGUUUUUCUUUAUUUUUACUAUUUUCUACAUUGUAGAAUAAUAGUGAAGACAUCAAAACUAUUGAAUAACACACAUGGAAUCUUGUAGUAACCAAAAAAGUGUUAAACAAAUCAAAAUAUAUUUUAGAUUUUAGAUUCUUCAAAUAGCCACCCUUUGCCUUGAUGACAGCUUUGCACACUUUUGGCAUUAUCUCUACCAGCUUCACCUGGAAUGCAUUUCAAUUAACAGGUGUGCCUUGUUAAAAGUUAAUUUGUGGAAUUUCUUUCCUCCUUAAUGCGUUUGAACCAAUCAGUUGUGUUGUGACAAGGUAGGGGUGGUAUACAGAAGAUAGCCCUAUUUGGUAAAAGACCAAGUCCAUAUUAUGGCAAGAACAGCUCAAAUAAGCAAAGAGAAUCGACAGUCCAUCAUUACUUUAAAACAUGAAGGUGAGUCAAUCCAGAACAUUUCAAGAACUUUUAAGGUUUCUUCAAGUGCAGUCGCAAAAACCAACAAGCACUAUGAUGAAACUGGCUCUCAUGAGGACCGCCACAGGAAAGGAACACCUAGAGUUACCUCUGCUGCAGAGGAUAAGUUCAUUAGAGUUAACUGCACCUCAGAUUGCAGCCCAAAUAAAUGCUUCACAGAGUUCAAGUAACAGACACAUCUCAACAUCAACUGUUCAGAGGAGACUGUGUGAAUCAGGCCUUAUUCUACAAUGUAGAAAAUAGUAAAAAUUAAGAAAAACCCUGGAAUGCGUAGGUGUGUCCAAACUUUUGACUGGUACUGUAUAUAUAUUUAUAUUCCGUUUUCUGACAUUGCUCAUUCUGAUAUUUCUUAAUUUCAGAAUUUUUUGGGAAUGUGUGUGUUGUGUUUUUUGUUAGUUUUUUUGCUAGGUAUUACUGCACUGUUGGAGCUAGAAACACAAGCAUUUCGCUUCACCUGCGAUAACACCUGCAAAUCUGUGUAUGCGACCAAUAUAAUUUGAUUUGAUUACAAGACCAGGAAGCAGCUCCUCCAGUCGGCCCCUGCCAUCCACCCCCUCCCCUGCAGGAGGCUCUGGACCUAAUUAGGCAUCUUAAACUAAACAGAGCUUUCACACUCCAGUCCUCUCAUUCAUCACGCUCUACUCUAGCACAGAGAAAACUGUACUGUACACAGCCACAGAGACAGCAGUAUGGAUAAAGUUAAGGAAGUACUAGUGACCAGCUCCUUGACUUGACUGAGAGUUACAAGUAUGUUUCUAUUGCACAUGAGAUCAUCAUGUCCUAUUAUAAGCUAGGGGUGGUAUACAGAAGAUAGCCCUAUUUGGUAAAAGACCAAGUCCAUAUUAUGGCAAGAACAGCUCAAAUAAGCAAAGAGAAUCGACAGUCCAUCAUUACUUUUAAGACAUGAAGUUCAGUCAAUCCGGAAAAUUUCAAGAACUUUGGAAGUUUCUUCAAGUGCAGUUGCAAAAACCAUCAAGCACUAUGAUGAAACUGGCUCUCAUGAGGACCGCCACAGGAAAGGAAGACCCAGUUACCUCAGCUGCAGAGGAUAAGUUCAUUAGAGUUAACUGCACCUCAGACAUGGCAGCACAAAUAAAUGCUUCACAGAGUUCAAGUAACAGACACAUCUCAACAUCAACUGUUCAGAGGAGACUGCGUGAAUCAGGCUUUCAUGGUCCAAUUGCUGCAAAUAAACCACUACUAAAGGACACCAGUAAGAAAAAGAGACUUGCUUGGGCCAAGAAACACGAGCAAUGGACAUUAGACCGGUGGAAAUCUGUCCUUUGGUCUGAUGAGUCUAGAUUUGAGAUUUUUGGUUCCAACCGCUGUGUCUUUGUGAGACGCAGAGUAGGUGAACGAAUCAUCUCCGCAUGUGUGGUUCCCACCGUGAAGCAUGGAGGAGGAGGUGUGAUGGUGUGGGGGUGCUUUGCUUGUGACACUGUCUGUGAUUUAUUUAGAAUUCAAGGCACACUUAACCAGCAUGGCUAUUACAGCAUUCUGCAGCGAUACGCCAUCCCAUCUGGUUUGCGCUUAGACCCAACACACCUCCAGGCUGUGUAAGUGCUAUUUGACCAAGAAGGAGAGUGAUGGAGUGCUGCAUCAGAUGACCUGGCCUCCACAAUCACCCGACUUCAACCCAAUUGAGAUGGUUCGGGAUGAGUUGGACCGCAGAGUGAAGGUAAAGCAGCCAACAAGUGCUCAGCAUAUGUGGGAACUCCUUCAAGACUGUUGGAAAAGCAUUUCAGGUGAAGCUGGUUGAUAGAAUGCCAAGAGUGUGCAAAGCUGUCAUCAACGCAAAGGGUGGCUACUUAGAAUCUAAAAUAUAUUUUGAUUUGUUUAACACUUUUCUGGUUACUACAUGAUUCCAUAUGUGAUUUCAUAGUUUUGAUGUCUUCACUAUUAUUCUACAAUGUAGAAAAUAGUCAAAAUAAAGAGACUCUAGAAUGAGUAGGUGUGUGAACUUUUGACUGGUACUGUAUGACGAGACAAGCCUGUAUCAGCAAAAAAUACUAACAGAAAACAGUUCAAUUCUCUAAGUAAAAACAGGAUAUUAUGUCUAAUUAAACAGUAUAGUAUGAAAUGAAUAUUACAUUUCCUCCACACUAUACAGAAUAUCUCGCCACCGUGCGUUUCCAUCUCCUCUCUCCUUUAUUUCUUUCUCGAGCGUGCAGAGGGGAUGUCAACAGUUUAGUGAAAUAUGUUUAGUUGCGUAAACAUGUUACUAUUGAUGUUCCCGAACAGAUUUCACUUAGUUUCCUAAAUUAAGCACUGGGUAGCUGCAGGAACAAGGUUGGAGAGCCCAUGGCAUACAGAGUUUGGGCGGAAUAUCACCUGUUGUGCAGCGAGAGCAUUCUCCUCAAACAGUGGUUGAUGCGUGGAGUGAAAUAAGUGUCCUCAUAUUUCUUUCUUAGCUGCUCAUAUUAAGCACAUGCUCCGCUAUAAAACCAAAGAAGCCUACCCGGCAUCAUUGAAAAACGGACCGGCAGGAAAGCGCAAUUCGCUAUUGGAGUGCAUACAGAUGACGGCUUUUUCCCCCUACCCCUCUAUAAACUGUUUAGCAAACCGUUCAGAUGCUACAGACGUGUUCGUGAGAAGACCGAUAUUUGGUCUCAUGAUCUGACAAACACCGCUCUAGCUCUGCCACCCUUCACCACAGAUGCGGAAGGGCGACAUCGGCGGAUGUGGUGGAUUGAGACGCAGCCUAUGCAAAUAAACAUGUUUCUAGCUCAAACUGACAGAUUUGUUUUUUUUGCUAAUUACAUUUCCGCAGGGGCGUGGACAUCAACUCUAGGGGGCUAAAUGAUAAUAUAAAUAAUGUGUUGUAAUAUUCACUUCAAAUCAUGCAUUUAGUUCUACAGGUCUGUUAUGUAACCGUGCCUGUUCUCUGCAGCACCAACGAGGAGAGGAACAGCUACACUGGCGCCCUCUGUGGUCUGGGGUGGAACGUCCAGUCUCAGGAGGCUGUCUUGCCUGAACAUGACAUGGAGCUCGCUUUCGAUGUUAAAUUCGAUGUAGAGGACAUCACAGAGGUAGCUAACACCCUUGGAGUUCCUGCGUCAGACCAUUCAUAUCCAUAUGUAUCAUGUUAUAAAACAUGAGCAUCAACUUUCCACACAUAACCGGUGUGUUUUGUGUUGGAUCAGAUCAAUGCGUUGCGUGGUGCCAUCAACCGUCUGGUGUGUGAGGGGCCCAACGGUCCUCUGCACCUGGGGCCUGACAGGAUCAACAGCCUGCAGGAGGACUGCCGCGAACGCCUUGUCAGGUUAUUUACAAAGUCGCCCCCUCGGGAAGACCUUAUUCCUGUGUACUAUGAGGAACCAAAGAAAUGGAACCAGGUAUGGCUUGAAUUCAUGGUGUAAUGCUCUUUUUCCCCACUUCAAUCGAAUCAGUCCAGAUUUUAUAUAGAGCGUAAGGCCCAUACUUAACUAUAAUGUCUAGUGUUCAAACAAUUUAUAUUGAACGUGUAUGUGUGACCAUUUUGUGUGCAUGGUGUUCGUGUGCAGGUGGAUCCCAGUCAGAAGAUGGAGAUUGUCCAGAAGGAAGAUGGAAAGAGCAAAGGGGUCCUGUUCCAGCUACACCCCGUCACACUGCUAAACAUGUGA